GCGGACCCGAGAACGCGUCUUGGCCCCGCCCCCCCGACAAAGCACAGCAUCCAUCCUCAUGCGCUCACACGCUGCGUGAUCCUCAUCACAAACCGAGCUGUGCUGUGCCCAUGGAGUAGUAGUACGCGUAGUAGUGGGAGCGCUCACGGGUUCUUUUCACCCUUUCUCCUCCUUUAUUCCUUUAAUGGAUUCGCAUUUUCUCUGGAAUACUGCUUCGUCAAAUCGUGGUAAGUGUGCGCGGUGCCUGCAGAUGCUGUGUGUGGGGGAGAAGUAAGGGGAAACGGGACUGUGCAGCUAUUGUCUGUUGCUGAGGCAAGUUCGGACCCGAAUCAAGUCACAACACGGGAGUCUGACCAGAUUAACCGAAUAAAAUAUCGUAUCGGACACAGGUUUGUCAUUGUAACAGAUUGGAAGAUUUGAAAUGAGAUUAUUCUUGAAUGAAUGAAAAGAAUCGAUAUCGGUAUUUGGAUAGACACCUGUCUCUACCAGCAACAGUGACCGCCCUCCAGCGCUGAUUCGAGCUCGUUUACAUGUCAAUUUUACGCGUAUUUUGCGCUUUAUUAUUGCGCACCACAUAUUUAGGACAGCAAACCAAAAUCUGUGCCAAAUGUUGCUCCUCUGUUGUCGUGCAAAUUUAUCUCGAGUCCGGUAGGAAAAUUUUGGCCCAUCUCCCCGCCCCCCAACAUCAUAGGGUGGAUAUUUCUCCUCAACCAGCCCCCCUUAGACAUGCACAACGCGGUUGAUAACGUUCAGAUCACUCCAAGACUGAAAUCCUCUGUGUAUCAAGAUGCAUUGAUUAAUUAAGUGCUGCAUGUUCUGUCAUCUUCCACUGAUUACCUCUUAUACUAUCCUUUACAGUGCUGUGAAUGUGCAGCGUUUGCCUCUGCCAGCCAAGCCAAGAGCAUCAGUGAUAGAAAUGGCAAAGAGAGUAAACCUGUCUUCUGUGUUUUGCAUAAAAAUGACCAUGCAUUGAGCUUGAAAUGUCACAUCUUUCAGUUCAGCUUCUUUAAACCUCUAAGAGCUCAUUAUUGUAUCACAUAAUGCAUUUCAGAUUGAAGAUGCAUUUGAGGGUGUAGCCUUAAGGUGACUAACAACGUGAUAAAAACACAUCUGCAGAAGAGAGGCAAUGCAGAUGAGCUGACUUUCUCAGCAGGCCGUGGACUCUUAGUGACGAAGAAGUCCAUGUUGACUCUGCUCUUUGUUUUUUUUUAUCAGUUGCUCCUUGAUAGAGAAACUGUUUUCUGUUUAUUGCUCUUGCUGCUUUUUUUUAUUUCUGCACAUCUUUGUCUUGCCAGGCUGGGUACUGAAAAUGAGAUAGUAUCAGGCACCAAUUUUCAGCAGCCAAAACCUGUGAGUUUAUGCUGUGUGUGUGUGUUUAUACCUGACAGAGGGAUUCAUACUGGUCCCUGUAGUGUAUUGCAGACAUGGUAUUAUUCAGCAGACAGAUGGCAGGUGGCUGGGCAUCAGGUGAGACUUUUUUUUUGCUGUCAGCAGAGCCUGUAAAAUGCAAGAUUCCUCUUGGCAUACACCCACCAUACAUAAAAGCACAAGUCUGCAUUCAUUCUAUGCAUGUGUGUAUCAGGUUUGAGGUGCAAAUGCAGCUGCCACACAGAGCUUAUCUGCUCAAAUACUACAGUGCAAUAGACUAACCUUAUUUAUCCUCAAAGAGAACUUAAUUUGUCAGGAAUCUCUGGAGGGACACUUAACAAACUGUGUGAAUCCCGUCAGGUGAGAGGAGAGGGUAACAUGGUUGAAGUCUCAUGUGCCUCAGGAUGUUGAGUCUGUAUCCUAGCAACAGUAUCAUGGAGAAUACAUGUAUACAAGUCAUGUUAUGAUAUGACUGAACUCCCGUGGAACAUAAUAAGGCCAACUGCCUAACAGUUCAGUAUCUGGACAACACAACUUCUCUUCGAUAGUUAUGUGUGAAGAGUUUCACCAUCUCUGGUUAACAAAUAAAGCCAGACCUCCUUCUUUCUUCUUGACACUAGCUCUAGCAUAUGUCCAGAUUUGCCUCAACAAAGAAGCUUUUCUUGUGAGUAAACUUUUCUCUGUGAGCAGCUGAAAAAAACCACAACAAAAAACAUGGAAAAGGCUUGGUGGCUGUCUAGCACGAGUCUGGUCCUUCCCAAGUUUCUGCCUGUUAAAAAGAAGUGUUUCCUUGCCACUGUUACUCAUGUUAGAUGAGAUGGGUCAAGUCUGUCCCGUCUUAACGUUUGGUCUUGAUAAUUCAUCAAUGAGCUGGUCAAGACCUGCUCUUUUUCUUUGGAAAGUAGGGGUGGGAAUCUUUUACUGUCUCACCAUUAGAUUUAAAAUCGAUUUUCGAUUCAAAACGAUUUUAUUCAUAAUGAUUUCUGACCUGAUCUACUCCCGUCUGCUGUGCAAGACAGAAUGACAAGUGAAGACAUUAAAGUUACUUUUUCACAUUUAUUAAGCUUUAAGCAUUUAUCCAAGCUUAGGUGGAAUUUUUACAAGCACUAAGCGAUAGACUGGGCUAUUUUUUUUGCCUGCUCGGAGCUGGCGGAGAGCUUCGUGAAGGCCUGCACCGUGCAUUGGUCUGCAGCUGGUGGCUGAGUCUGCUCCGUGUCUCUCAUCUCCGGGUGAUGCCUCAUAAUGUGAGCCCGCACAUUUGUCGUGUUGCUGAAAUACUUGAUUCUAGUGUUACAAUGUUGGCACACUGCGUGCGUCAUGUCUAGCUCAGUGGUAAAAUCCGAAAUGACGCCAAAUUUUAGCUUUUAGUGAAGACGGGGCCAACUGGAUCUCCUUUUCCCCAUCAUUGUAUUUCCCUCUUUGUUUUGGUGCCUUCUGCGCAUGCGUGCGUUCCAGAACCGGCUGCGUGAUGACGUCAGGAUGUCCAGCGUAGUUCCAAAAUGGAGGCGGACAGGCAGCGGAUAUCUAAUCUUUCAAAAUUGAUUUUGGAACAUUUUAAAUAGAUUCGGAAUUGUAGCAAAUUAGAAUCACGAUUCUUGUGUGAAUCAAUUUUUUGGCACACCCCUAGUGUCUUGGGAUAACGACUAUUGUGAAUUGGUGCUAUGUAAAUAAAGUUCGAUUGAUUGAUUGAUUGAAAAAGAAAAUUCAGAGAGACCAGACUUGGCUGCUCUUUGAGAGCAGGUUCGCAGUAUUGUUAAAAGUUCCCAUUCCGUACUUUUUAGACAGAAGGCCCUUUUGCUACACAGUGCGUAUGCGUGUUUGAAUUUGCCAUUUGUUAAGAGAUGUUGUCAUUUUUGAUCAGUUAGAUAACAAACAGGCUGAGGUCAGAAUGACACCAUCCUGCCCAGGAAUUGUAUCCUGAAUGCCUGUUCACUCAUGACAUCAACAGCAGCACUUAGUGAAAUCCUGUCUGUUGUCAUUCUUUAUGGCAGUUUUGAUAGCGUGAACUAAUUUAUCCAAACUGGCGUCAUUGUGUUACCAUCUUGAUACAGAAUCUUAAAUAAGUCUGCGUUUUCUGUUCAACAAUGACGUAUAACACAAAGACGGUUUAAAUGUGAAUAACAGAGAAAGCUGUGAAUGUUUUACUGUUAUAUGUUCAGAUCUUGCUAUCGAUAUUGUGGUUAAACAUGUCUUGUGUAGUCAACACCGUUUCUUUUUUUUUUUAUUUUAAUAUUUUUUUCAAAUCCUUGUUUGUCUAACAUGCAGUUGCAGCUUUUCCACAUUCAUCCCAGCAAACCUGAGGCGCUGAUAAGAUUUGAUAGCAUAACUUUGCUUGUUUUAUCAUCCUACUUUUUAAAGGGGAGAACUGUGAGUGUUGCUUGAAGCAGAGUAGAGCAUCCCAUGAGUAUUGUGGGAUGAAACUCAGCUGUACUAUAUGAUUGCCUCAUCACAUUGUGAGUGAAAAAUCAAAACAUACAAAACAAGUGAUGUGUAGCAGGCCUCCUGAGCAGUGCGUGUUCAUGAAAGCAGAAUAAAAUAAUGCGUCAUUCAUUUGAAAUGAAGUUUGUAAAGUUAAUUUCUGUUCAGCUCCAGACACAGUACUGUCCUGUUUACCGUCAUAUCAUCUGCUAGUGUUGUUAAUGCAUGCAAACAAUGCAUGUUUGUUGCUCUGCUGAUGUGUGAGAAAAUUGCAUAUUUACAAAGAGACGCGAACGGUUGCAUUAAAAAUAAAAAUGAUUAAAAAAAAAUCACCAGACAGACUUGGAGUGAUUCUGCAGGAAGGACUGACCCCUGAACCCAAGCUGGAUAUCUUACCCUUCCCUGCUCACACCAGAGACUGGUUAUUGAUUAUGAGCACACACAUAAACCCUUUCUAUGGUCCAAUGUUAGCAGGUAUUUGAUUACCACUAGAUGUGGGGGUGGUGUUAUUGGACCAGUGGUGGUGUCCUGAUUGGGCAAUAGAUCUGUCACUAUGAUGUCCCUGGGGGAAAAAUAACCCUUAAAGUGAGAUACUGCCUGCCUCAUGAGAUUGAAUGGUCCUCCCUUUAUCUAUAAAAGGGGACAGAUACGGGUGAGAUCAUGACAGGAAGACUCAGACACAGUUGGACCUGGAGAAGACAAAAGAGUAGAGUUUAAUGUGGCUGAACAUCUAUGUUUACAAAGCUGCUUGAUUGAUAUGAGGUAAAAGUGAAAUGUUGGCUGACGUGCAACAAGCAUCAAGUAUUUGUUGUAUGCCAGAGUACAGCUCAGGCUUGUGUAUAUAAUUAGUCCAAAUGCAUGCAAAUUGAGAACUACUUAAAACUCCAGCCAAAUCCCCAAGGAGGCUGAGAACCCCAGUUGUGUUUUCAGUUUUUUUUGCAUGGUAACUGACCACAGUAAGAAGGAGUUUUGGGUGCUAGGGUAGGUAGGUAGGCUAUGGUCUCAUGAUCCUUUUCAGAUGCUUUAAUACGCCGAGACAUGUCUCCACCCCAUCCAGUCCGUAACAAAGAGGGAAAGACAGGUGAGGAGAUGGAGGACGGUGGUAGUAGAUUAAGUUAAUAUGGGAGGGGGUGAGCAGCUUGUGGAGUAGUUAUCGUCCAUUUAUUGUUAUCGAGGUGAACUGCUCAAUAUACCGUGAUAUUGAUUUGAGGCCAUAUUGCCCAGCCCGACUUUAUUUUUAUGAUUUAAUCAUUUAUAUGUCCUGUAGUACAAAACUUUUGCAUGGAAAAGCCUUUUUUUUAUUUACACACUCACACAAAUUAACUUGAAGGUGUUAAAAAUUAAGUAAAAUAUAGAUUUGCAAUGUCAAGACCUGGUGCAUGGACAGUAAAAAGAUCAGGAAUUUAAUUUUAAAAAUGUACUUUGCCAUACCACUUUCAAUACUGCGCUAUACCCUCAGUGUUUACAGACACAAUAUACUCCAAAAAACAAGUCUCAGCAGAAUUGGUUGAAUGUAAUGCAGUACAACAGAAAGGUGUCAGAUAUCAUCAGGCAAGUGGUCAUAAUGUUUGUUUGUCUGAUGGGUGUUCAGUUGUUUUGCUGCCUCCUAUAGAAGUCAACAAUCUGAAUCAUCCGUUAUUGUCAGUCUAAUCUCUCCAUUUUUGUUUUGAGCUGCGUUAUUGUACUCAGUGUGUUCAGGGGUAAUUACAGAGCAGGCGCUAUCAUUUGCAAACUGAGCAUCUGGUGUUUAUAACUCACAUGGUUUGGCUUGACUCUCUUUUGGGGCUUUGAUGAAGUUGAGGCUAAUCUGGACUUGCGCUGCUCUUGUGUAACAUCACAUGAGAGGGAGUAUUGUGAUUUUAUUGUGGGCUAAGUGUAUGUCCAGCUAUUUUGACUGACUAGCUACUCCAUGUUAUGUAAAUGUACUUCUUUGCUUCUAUUUUUAAUCAAAGCGGUGACGUAAUGUUGACAGUUUCUUUGUGAUUCGGAGGCUUCAUGACUCUGGACUGGGAUAUGCAGAUAUGUUUGCCAGUGUCCAUCUUUACACCUGAAGCAGACUGUUGUACACUGUAUCAAUACUAAUGGAUUCCCUCUUGUCCACUUCAGUCACUUUGUCAGCGCCGUCUCGGGCUGCAACUGUUUCAGGGCUGAGUCUUUCGAUCGUGUACUAGUGGAUAGGAAGGAGAGGAAAGGAUGGAGUUGUUUAUGAGACAGGUUUAAAGUGAGGGACUGAAAUUGUAAAGCAGAGAAAAAUGACAAGAGGCAGUAACUUUGAAUGCCUCAGUUGAUAUGUGAAAGAGAUGUCUAACAUACCAUCUCCUAACCCAUGCCUGUGUACCUUCAAUGAUAAGCAUGGCCUGCUUUGCAAGUUUUGCAGGGCAUUCUUGUCUUUGCAGCUUCGAGUGUAAAUGCUCCCAAACUUGACAGGUUUUAGGACACCACAGUGUUGCAUCUGACAUCCCCAUCUACUAUUUUUGUGAAGCUGUACUUAGCAAAGAAGUGGGGAUGUGAAAUAGCUCACCCUUUGGCAACUCAGUUGCAGUAAACAAUGUCAUGUUGUGUAAGCUCAGAGCAUGGAAAACAUGGAACGUGGCGUAAAAUACAAAUUAAAUUUGUUGGGAGAUAAUUUUGUCAAUCUCUACUCAUUGCACCCCUCGAGCUAAAAUCAGAGUAAAAGCUCUGAUGUCUGUCUUCUGGUAAAAUAUGGUCAUAAAUAGAUCUUAUUUCACUAAAGGGGAGAACAAAGCCAAAAUGUCAAAUGUCCCCUAUGUGGCUUUUGUUACAACACUUGCAUAAAUUUGCAUCUUCUAAUUAUAUCAAGGGAAUCAUGUUUAUUUUUUUAUUUUUGGCCAAUAAAAACUGGACACUGAAACAUUUAAGUGGUUUCUAUAAGCAUAUGUUUUAUAAACCCGGUAAUAAUUUGCCCAGAGGAGAAUAAAUUCUAAAAUUGUGAAAAAAUUGAUGUGAAUGAGAAGAAAUCUGUGUAAAACAUAAAAAAACAUGAAUUUUGCUUGUUUAAUGCCACUUUACUUCAUGAGCUCCAUGACUCUCUGCUGUAGAAACAUGCAGAACUGUAUAUAUACCCGAAUACUGUAUACUGAAUAUGCCUUAAUAAGGUGAAAAGAAAAACAAAUGCUUCUUAUUUAACUUUUUUGUACUUUAAGUUGUCUUUUCACAUCGCCGCCUUGGUUUUUUAAUGAUUCAAGUCCUUAUCGAUUCAACUAUCUAGUCUUUUCUGUUGUUUGGUGGCAAGACAAGAUGGCAAUAUGUUUUUAACAGAACUGGCAUUGCUUUCAUUAGUGAGCAAGUGGAAUUUUCAACCCUCAAAAACACAGCAGGUGUUUGAGUCAAUUAGAGCUCGUAGUCUUAAAUUAAUCUGAUCAGAUUUUUCACCAAAAAGCUUUUUUUAAUUUCCUGAUCGCAACAUUUGAACACAUCAUGAUUGUAUUUCAUUUUGCUUUCUCCCUGUGUUACUGAUCCAACUUUGAACACUUCAAAAUGUAAUUGUCACCCCAGUUAGUUAACGAAGUCGUUUCACCUGCUGAUUUUAUCAUUGAUAAAUAACGGCUUAUGGUUUUGAACUAAGGGAGCUUGCUUUGGAUGGAAGAGGUGGAUGGCAGCAUCAGAAGCAGCAGCAGCAACUGGAGUUGAUGAAGUUGUUUCGAGCCUCAGAUAGUCGAAGGCUCUGGAUUUGGGCUUGAGUUGAUGCACAGUGCCGAUGUGCUUUCGCAGUUGCAUUUUGCUCUGUCCCUAUCUGAAACUUUGGUAAAAUGGAGCCACACUUUGGAGCGCUUUGCAUGUUUGGCCAUUGUUGAGAGCUUCUGACCACCAGGACUCUUCUUAGUGUAGUUUAACUCUUGUUAGCUGCCAAUUCAUUUCUUGUUCAAAAACGUUAUUAGACAGUCUUUUAAUGUGAGUGCAUCAUUGAUUAAAUUUGCAUGACAUAACUUAACUCAAAGCAUGACUAGGGAUGGGUCCAUCAAAUACCUGAAACUCAAUAUCGAGUCUGCUAUCAAGUCUGUUGGGUCAUGUGAAGUAACAUUACACUUUGAGUUAAGUCACAUCAUGGUAAUAAAAUCAAUUUUGCAUGCACAUUAAUAGACUUUCUAAUAAAGCGCUCAAACAGUGAACAGGUAUAAAAGCACACAGGAAAUUUCUGGUGGUCAGUUACUCUCAAUAAUGGCUGAACCUGUGAGGAAUGUGGCUCCAUUUUACCAACUCCAGCUGCUGCCAUCCUCCUCUUCACUUAAGGCCCUGGGGUAAGCACGGUCAGACUUUGCACCAAGUCCAGUUUAUUAAAAAUUGCUUUCCAGUCUUUCUCAAAUUCAGUGUUGAAAUCCAUGUUGACAUCAGCAGGUUAGUCAGCCAACUAAUUGAGAUGACAGACGAUCGAAUUGUGAGGUGUUCAAGGUCGGGUCGGUCAAAAAAGAUUUGGGUGAAAGUAGAGAAUAGUUCAUGAUGACGUGUCCUUCUAGCUCUCCCUACAAACAAGCGGCUGCUGGAGGAGAGUGGGUGAAUUGUGUUUAGUCUCUUUGCUAAAGAAAUUAGGUAAAGCUAAAAAGAUGUUUGAUGGCUAGUACUAUGCCUGGGACCCUAUAUGUACCGUUUAUGAAGUUAGAUGCUGUUCUGAGCAUUAUAUGUGGCUGUAAAGUGGCAUUUUGGUGUAAAGUGGCGUUUUGGUUGAGGUGAAGGCUGCAUAUUGCUAUUGUGUGGUCGUUACUGAAGUUGGUUUAAGUAGAGAAGCAAGCAGUUGGCAACAUUCAUCUCUUGAGGGGGUGUCUAACUUGGUGUUACGGUGUGUUUGACCCUAACUUAAUUUUACACCAAAAUAUCCCUUUAAGUAUAAUACUACUCCAUCACACUCAGAGGACUCCAUCACAAAAUUGAGAGGCAUUACGGGGAUGGAGCCGCGUUUUUAAUUAAACUGGGUCUUGAUCCCCAACCCUAAUUAGAGUACAUCAAUAUGUCUUGUGCCUUUAAGAUACAAAACAGGUUAAGAUUUUAAGUUUAAAACCUCUUAACUUUGUCUCAUUGCUAUAAUCACCCACUUUAUUGCAGUGUAGGUAAUAAAUUCUCUUUUUCCUCACACUCCGCUUGUUGCAGAACGAAACCUAAAGUCUGCUUUCCCCUAUCUUUAAAUUGAAUUACUGCAAAGAUAAGAGCAAGCAGCGCUAGCAUGAUACUGCAGGAAUAUUGAGAAAUCUCAGCGGGGGAAAACUUCUGUCUCUCCUGCUGCAUCAUGAGGACGGUAUUGUGAUGGGUCUGAUGGCUGAAAAAUAGCUGAACACUCGGAGAUCAAGGGCUUGUUUGAUCUUAAUAUAGACUGAAAUCUGGAGAUGUUACAAGGCAGCAUUGGAAAAAACUUGCACAGUAGCAUUCAGGAUUCAACACACACACAUGCACAAGCGCACACAUACAGAAGCCUUGGAGCUCUUGUGUAAACCCAUUUUCCCAACUUAAGAAAUUUACAUUUAUACAUAUGCAGAUGUACCUGAAGCACUCGCAGUUAUUUUCCAUUGGCACUUGUAAGGAAGCAAAGCAUCACGCAACAGUCCUUCUGGAUAAAUGUACCGCAUGAGGUUAACCAGAAUUGUUGUUUUAUUAAUGUAGAUAAAGAUGACAAAUUAUUAGAACAAUUCCACAUUAGGAAACGAAACUGACCCCUAUUGAAGCUUCUGUUUGACGUGCAAAUACUGUAGGUCAGAAGAGGUGAUUUUUGCUUUUUAACGAAAUAGGAGGGUUGUUUAUGAUUAGAAAAAAGCAAGUGAUGUAUUUUUUGUUUUUUGCUACAGUUGACUUCAUAAUAUUGAAGCAAAAAUACUGAGUAGGCGGGGAACUUAAUGAGCUUUAGACAAAUUAAGGACUUUGUUUUGUGAAAAAGGACAAAAUGUGGAAAAUCUGACCAGAUGCUGGCAAGUGCUCGUUGAAGUGAUAAAUCUGUACUUAAAAAACUUUCGACACUUGACAUGUGAGUGUGUCAGCAGUAAGCAGCAUCAGAAGGAACAAACUUAAUGUAUCUUGUCCCCGGCUCUUCUCCUCUGCUUCUCUGCUUCUCCUUUCCCACGCACCCUGUCUCCAGGGAUUGUUUCUUCUCUUUUUUAUUUCAGUUUGAAAAGUUUUGAGUCCUUUCCAAAAGGAUGUCCCUGAUCUUCUCAUUCUAUCAACUUCUUCCUGUUUCCUGUCUCAUCUUACUUCUUCUGUAUUUGACAUUUUUAUGUCCUCUGUUGUUAUCAUUCCUAUGCCAAAGCUUUCUGUAAGGAAGACAAAAUUAGAAUUUUACAACAAUCCUCACAAUCUUGUGAUAAAGUUCAAAAAAAGUUGUAUAUUAGAGUUGCCACAAAUUAAAAAAAUGUUUUGUGGUACAAACUGUAAUUGUGGUUUCAAUUGUUGCUCCAACCCCUUAAUAUGCCAAAAAAGGCACAUAAAGUAUAAUCAGGUGUUUUUAAACAAAAGGCCUCUAAAGAGAGCUUUAAAGGGCAUGGGUGUGAUGUAGAAAUGCACUGAGGUGAGGAUGGUUGACAUGAUGACAGUCCAAAAUAAUGCACUAAAAUGAUUCAGCAGAAAAGGAAAGUCUCCUUAUACACUUGGCUUUACCUGGUGACCACAUAGCCAACAGUUUAGCCGGGCCUGAAUCAAUUCAGUCAGCUAUAUGUUUUUAAAAUCUGUGUCAGUCUGUUUUUGCCUUUUUAGUUCUAAUACUGUACAAACAGACUUUUUAUCUCGGGUAGCUGAUGUUAAAAUUGAUGAGUGCAGUGCAGCUGCAGAAACUUGCAAACAUUUUUUUUCCAUCUUAAUCCAUCCAAAGUCAAUGGCUAGAGUUAGAGCUGUUGGAAUAUGUAAAUUUUUUAAUUGUAAAAUAUCGAUUCUUUGCUAUAAUAGGCUUACUGUAAUACCAUGGUAGUGAUUGUUCACAAGUAGAGGGCAAUAGUUGUCCUUCACGCUGGUUGCCACCUCUCGUAAGACGAAGAAAACAAAGAUGUAGCAGCAGCUGUUAGCUAGCUGGAGAUUUUGCAGUUUUCUGUAUCCAAAAUCAACAUAUGACUUAGUGAUUUUCACAGGGUCUCCUGAAUUGAUCACUUUUAGUUGUUCUUUCAGCUGUUUUUAUGAUCUACUGAAAAUCCUUCAUACCUUCUAAUUUCAAAAUAAAAGUGUGAUUUUACAGUACAGGACAUAAAUCAUCCUAAAAGGGUAGUAAAAAUGUCAGUGUCUCCUUCAAAAAGACACCUGUCACAGGCUGGUGAAAUGGAGGAAACAUAAGUUUUCACAAAAUCAGACAAAAAUGAGCUUCCUGCAUUAGACAACUGCAGGUGAGAUUGUACUUAAAGUUGGUUGAUGCAGGAUUUGCUGUGGGGUUAAAAGCAGCCAGUAUUUGGGAAUAAAUCUCUGUUUUUCUUCUGCACAAUAUACAAUAUAAGUGUCUGUGAUUUGAGUUUCUGAAAUAGGAAGAUUUUCAAUCUCUCUCAGAUAAUACAAUACAGGACAAAGUGCACAGUUUUCAUAGAAAAAACCCUCAUCUUUUCUGCUGUUGUACAAAUUCAUCCAUGGUAAUGAAGAAGCCAAGACUAGAUCCACAAUCUACAUUUUGAUAGAGAUAAUUUUUAAAGAUUUCUUUUAAAGAUUAUCAGUCAAAUCAUAGGUAAUAAAGUACUUAAAAACAUGUUAGAUUUCAAGUAGUGGGUGUGACAGGAGAAAGAGCCAAGAACCUAAGCUGUAAAAAAGGAGGGGAAAUCAAAUCAAUUAUGAAUACUUUGCUCAUAACUCUUCCUAAAAUGACAGCAGCAUGUCCCGGAUGGGGUAGAAAUAGUUCUUUUCCCCUCAAAUGAACCAUCCUCUACAAACUGUUUGGUUAUCAUUUUACCUUUUACCUUUUCGUUUUGUCGUCUUUUUCAUAACAUUUCUUUCUCUCUCUGUAUCUCACUGUUCCACUUGUCCUGCUCUUUCCACCAUGAGUCACUUUCCUGUUUGAUGUUAAGCUCUAAGGGAAGAAAGAGGAGGAAGGAUGACAGUACUGUUUUAUUUCAACUUAUAAUUGCAUGGUUAUGUAUGUAACUGCAUAUAAUCCCUCUAACUGUUGGUUAUUGUAAGAUGCCUGAACAAAAAAACUAACAAACAAAAAAUAAAAGAAAGACAGUGCAAAUAUAUUUAUUGCAUAUUAAAAGAAAAUACAUAUUUGUCCACAAAUUAUGCAAGUGAAACUCAUUAAAAUGGUUUUCUACAGUUUGCUGGAAUAAAGGAUUGAUUUCCCAUGAAUAAGUGCAAGUAAGCCACAGGGGAAGCAUGAAAACGGACUAUUUAUAGCAUUAAAGAUGCUCACUUGGCAAGAGUGGUAGCCAUGGGACAGCUCUUUGUUUGUCAGAGAGAGAUUGUGCAUGCUUUUGUCUGCUGUGCAGUCGGCAGAUAAGGACUAUAAAAUAAUGCAUGCAUACCUUGUUGGCAAUGAAUUUCUUCCUUGGGUUAUGAUUUCUUAGAUAAAAGGGUUGUGUCACAUUAUAUAUUAAAAAAAGGCAUUUGAGGACAAUGAAACACUGUUAUUUGAAACACAGGAUUUUUCUGAACUCAAAUAAAAAGGCACAAAAAAGUGUAGGCAAGGUUUGGAAAUGAACUAAAUGCUGAGAUGCAAUAUUCCCAGUAAAUCAUUUUCCUUUGUUAUGUGCAGGGGGGGAAGAAAGACCCUUAAAAUAGACUCAUUUAUGCAACCUAUUUCCUGAACUCUAAGUAUGCCCAGGAAACACAAAAACUUAAAAUCGUGAUAAACACAUUUACAUUUUAGAGUUUUAUACAUGCCAUAGGAGCAGACGGAAACAGGAAUGAGUCAUAUGAAGAAGGUGACAACUCUGUCAUAUCCUCAGGUUAAGUGCAAAGUUGCAGCCAGGAGAAACUUGGACUGAACGACAGGGCAAACAAUGAGAAAUGAAGUAAUGACAAGUGUUUUCAUUGAACUGACAUUGUUGAGAUAUGGAUACCAGUGAAAGAGCUGCCCUGAUUCGUUCUAAAAUGUCAACACAAUCAUCUUAUACCAUGCUUAGAGAUGCACAGCACCAUUAGCAUGAGAUCAGUAUCAGCAGAUAACAGCUUAAAAAGUGAAUUAUGGUCUUAGCAAAUAUAGCAGGUUCUGCAUGAAUAAUUACAGGCCAAAAAGAUGAUUCAUUAUUCAUGUGCAAGUGAUGACGGCUUGCUCAUGUUGGCUGUGUAGAAGUGUUAUGAGGAGUUGGAAACAGGUCACUCAUGCAUUACUGAAUGUCUGCAUUUAGCGAUAACACAGUUAUUAGGGGUGCCCCGAUUCAACUUUUUACUUCCGACACAAAACUGAUGUUGUAGCCUUCAGUAUUGGCCGAUAUUGAUCUGAUAUUAGCACAAACUUGUGCAUGGCAAGUUUUGCACUCAGCUGCAAUGUCUUUUUUUAGACCACCACACACCUUGCUAUUUACCCUAGUACACAUUAAGGUGUUUUUGUUGGAUGUGGGCUCUGCAUGCUGGAUCCGGACGCUGCUGGUAGAGUCUGAAAUGGACGGCUUGUAUCGGAGUGCUGAUAUCGAGCGGUGCAAGCGGAUAUAAUACAACAAUAGUUUUUUUCUGAUAUCCGACCAAUAUCCGAUAUCAAUAUUGGCUGAGGACAUCCCUAACAGUUAUUAUCUUUGGUAGCAUUAUAUGCUGUGUCUCUGCUGUCAAAAGAAGAGAUAUAAGUCAGUUCUGUUCCUGGAGAAAUGUUGUAUUCUUUACAAUGAAAAAAAACAGUUUCAUUAUUGGCCAGAAUGAGUUUGCAACAUUGGCUUAUCAGAUUGUAGCAAAACAUCUAUAUUAUGCAGCUGUAACUAUGAUGUCUUUGUUUAAAUGCCUUCGUUUUAAUGACGUCUCAGUUCAUGUGACAUUCAUCAGAGCUUUUAUGCCUUCCAUGGAUUUUUAUUUUAUCUAAUUUCUUUAUUGCCAGUUUUGUGAAAUUCCCCCAAGUGCUCUUUUGCUGUUUUUAUGUUGUUUUUAUCUUCUUUCUUUUCCUGCAUGUUAAAGCACUUUGUAAAUCUUUGUUUUUAAAAGUGCUAUAUAAAUAAAGUUAUUAUUAUUGUUAUUAUUAUUAUGAUUAUUAUUUUUUAGGUAUCUAAAAAACAGUGUUAAUUAUUCAUCUACUCUUAAACAAUAGCAUUUUACUGAUAAUAUGCAAUUUAAUGUAUAUCCUAGCAACAGCUGUUUGAGACCAACAUAAAAAAGUCACACCGCAAGUGUACACUGAUAAUUAGCUAGUCUUUGCUUGUUUGUUUGUUUGUUUGUUUGUUUGCUUUUUGCACUUGUAUGCGGGUUAGCUUGGUAUUCGUCAAUACUCAGGUGUCCUUUUUUGGAGUUUGUGCAGGAAAGGACAAUCGUGAAAUGACAGUUGUUCACAUCUGCUUGUUGCAUUGGAGUUCUCUCAUAUACAGAAAUUGAUGCCAUGAAAGGGGUGGUUCAAAGACCAGAGCUGUCCACACAUUUACUUUCUUUGUAUCUGAGCCUUUCAUGCAGGGAAGUAGUGCGUGCAGCUUUAAAAUCCAGCGUUUUAACACUUCAUUAACUGAUAUAUCUCCUUUCAAGUGGCUGAAAAGGGCACAGGGCUUCAACAUCAAAAUGAAGUGAUCGCAGAGUGUAACAUUUCAUCUUCACAUGCCCAGGAAUGGACUGUUGCCUUUAUUACCGACUCUGUCAUGGUGACAGUUUAGACCUCUUUAGGCAAUCAAUGUGAAAAACUCAGCUUUAGUCUCAGAGAUGGUCAAUCAGACGAUAUUCCUGGGCUUCGUGUUUUAUCGCUUAUCUUUUGUGGCUAAAGAGGAGAGAAGUGGCGUCUAGACAAAGUCAUCACAGGGCUGGCUGAGUGGACAGGGGAUGCUGAUGAAUCUUGACAGGGCCUGUGGGCCGUUUGUUUGAUGAGCCGUCCUUGAUAGGGAUAAUCUAAUCACCUCUUAUUUAAGUCCUAUUAUGAUUUCCAAGAUUGUUUCAGAAAAAAAAAAUCCUUGGUAAUAAAUUCGGCAAACCCUAUGAAUCUUUGAAAUCCUGAGGCUUGAUAAAAGGAGAUAUACUGUUGUUAAAUACUGUGACCACAAGGUUCAGUUGUUCAGCGCUCUGACUCCUCACAGCUAGGAGGCAGCUAUGUGCUGGAGAGGAGAAAAUAAAUGAAUGUGGUGUAAACUCUUUGACAUUUGAGUGUUGCCCCCUUAAAUUUUCUGAUUCGAGUCAUCUGUCACAGAGCCCCGAGUCAGAUCAUCAAGCUCACAAUCCAACUGUCAGAUUGCCGGAUUUCUUUUCCCUUGCUCCCUUGGUACAGUUGCCUACAAAAUAAAAGCUUCAACUGAAAAGUCUUUCUUAAAUAUAGAUACUCACAGAUAGGGGUGGGAACCACUAGUGGCCCACACAAUAUGAUAUUAUCACGAUACUUGGGCCACGGUACGAUAUUGCCUUUUUGCCUUUGCCUUUUUUAACAUUUCCUUUCUGUUUGUCUUAUUUUCACAGUAUUUUAUUUUCAUGUUGCACAUCUUGCUAACCUUCUAUAUUAGUUGUACUAACUUUCUCCUGCUCUAUGAUGUCACCUCUUCCAACCGCAUUGGACAAACAGUUGAUUUAAUUUUUCCAUUAUCAUCGAUUUGACUUCAUAUUAGCAAUUGAUUAGACCCUCCAGGAAUCCGCGAUUCAACGAUUGCGGAAAUUAUCGCAGAUUUUAAAGUCCUCCGUGGAAAUUAAAGUGGUCCGCGGUAUACAAGGUGUGGUGCAGAAUGAUAUAUUUUACAUGUAGUUUUCAUCCUGGCCGCUCAAUGACGAGGUCAGAUAGAUGGGAACGGGAACUCAUAGCCGAAUGUGGAAAGGUUUGGCGUUGCCUGGCCGCUUGUGCGAUCUGGUGCGUGUGUGUGAGGAGGAUCCCAGAUGGAAAGGCGGGUUGUAGAGCGGAUGGCACAUUUUUAAUGGAGUAAAAUCUAAUGACGUCAGCAGCAAGACCUCGGAUUUCCGCGAAAUCAAGAAUUGCUCUCUGCAGAAUCAGAGUGGUUCUCUGUGGAAUCAAAACUUUAUCUCUGCAGAUUCCUAGGGUGGGUCAAAUUAAUUUGAAAAAUCGAAACUUGGUAAAUGAGACGAUAUGAUAUAUCACUAAAUAUCACGAAAGACAAAAUAUUGUGAUACUAUGCUGUAUCGAUUUUUCUCCCACCCCUACUCAUAGACUGAAUUUAAGGGUCGAUUUAAGUCUCGGACACAACCUAAUAUUUGUUUCAAUUUUCUAGAUUAAGUUACGCCAUGCUAAAAGAUGCUUUUUGUCAUCUUUGCUUAUUUACAUGUGUGGCAGAGCAUUUUAGAGCCAUAUCAUCAACCUGUAACCAGACACAACAACUGUCUCACGUCUCAGGCCUAAAAUAAUAUGAUUGAUAAACAUUAAUUUAACUGACUUAACUGUCUUUUUUAUUACCAGUGCAUGAGUAAAGAACAAUGCGGAUUACAGAGUGUGUUUCUUUUUUCACUGAGAUAAAAAUCACAGUUUGAUCCAUCAACUCUUUUCAUUUGACUGGUUUGAUAAAAUCGUGGCUGAGGUGCAAGCUGCAGAACCGAUGAAUAAUUUAAUUCUGUUGGUGGUUGAAGAGAGUAUUUUUCAAAACGGCACAUAUCUUGAAAUAUCUGCAGCGUUACUGUGUAAAUGUGAUUAGUGUGGUCAUUUAAUUCUGAGGGCUUUUAUCACAUUACGAGCAUGACGACUCUCUGUGGUUGAUGUUUUCUCCACCUCACCGCCAUAAUCUGAAAAGUCACUGAGUCACUGGGGGCAGAUUAUACUGUUAGUGUGCGUUGAGAUGGGUUGUCUGGAUGUCAGGCAGUUUCUUUUCUUUUUUUUUUUUACUGUUGUACCGAAAGCAGUUAAAUUUAUGUGGCAUGUAAGACUUUUGAGGUGGUAGACUGAAUCCCUUUUUAAUGGAGGACCAUCCAUCAGAUAGGAAACCUUAGUUUAAUCUAACAGCCAUCUUUCUCUCUCAAAGUCCUUGAACAGAAGGGACAGUACUACCUCUGUAGUGUGCACAAACUUCAUUUCUGUAUUGUGAUCUACCUAUAAAAGGUUGAAAUAAUAUGUUUUCUUCAGUUCUGUUGCAUGCAUCUAUGUUUUUAGUACCACAAAGGUCAGGGUUAAAUUAUGGUCUAAUUUGUCUUUAACGUGCAGACAGCCUGCGGACUCUUCUUUUGUUCCACCAAGUGAAAAGCUGGGAGACUGAUGGUCAGAUUGUUUUAAUCUGAUGUCGGGUUGUUAAGCCUGUUUGGAGUGCUAAAUGAGAUGGGACAGGCACGUAGGGACUAAUUAGACCUGCCUGCAUCACUGUCCAAUUGCAUCACUGUUUGCCUGCAUCCAAUGACUCAGACAGAUGAAGUUUUUGGUUCGUGAAAAGGUUCAAGAUGCUUUUUUUAGCACACUAUUAGUAAACCUUUUUAUAAUUGUGUUCAAUAUUUUAUAGUUAUUUGUACAGUAUAAGUACGUGCAUAUGUAGACAUAAGAGUGAAUCAUAUAAAGUCGGGAUAUUGAAAAUGAUGUGUUUAGGAAAGCUCUCUGUGAGCUCCCAGGAGACCUAUAUGCUUUAGCUUUCUGCUUUUCUGUCGGUCUGUUAACUCCAGUUUAUACUGCACACUAAGCUAACUUGCUGUUAGAACAGGCUGUUAGACACGGGAGGGGUAUCACUCUUUUGUCUAACUUGCUUCAAGAAUGCAAAAGAGCAACAAAAAGAAAAAGAUACUCUUGGUAGAUGAAAAAACUGAAGAUGAAGAUGGAAAAAAGUGUUUGACUGUAUUUAAAACUAGAGAGAGAUUAAUUAACUGGCUGGCAGAUAAAUGGUGUCGAUCACUGGCAUUUUGACAUGAGAUUCGCAUCGGCCUCUAACAUGGCCAACUCACUUUUACAGACUGACUUUUAUGUGAAUUUACUUUUGAACUACUUUUCAAUUUUAACUUGUUAAGUUCAUUUUAUUGAAGAACUGAUAUCAGUGCUUUUAUCAUCUGACCCUCUAAUUGACUGUCCUUGAUAACAUUCAUUUUAGUUAUUUACUUAUUUGUCAGUUUAGUUAUUGGUUGGUUUAUUUGUAUCUUAAUUUUAUUCUGAUGUGAUGUUGUGUACAGUUUGGCUUUUUUCCCCUCUUUUUUCUCUCUUUUACUCAUUGGUUUUUCUUUUCACUCUUCUGGGAAUCUUAACUGCAUUCUGAUUUAUUUCUCCCAUGCUGUUAUAACUGGUAUUUACUCUACUUUGUCUGUCAAAGCUUUCUGUAAACUUAUUAUUAUUUUUGUCUUUAAUGAUGAGACAUUGGAGAGAGACAGGAAACGUGGGAGAGAGAGGGGAUGACAUGCAGUAAAUAUUUGUGGCUGGGACUUGAAACCUCAACUCCUGCAGGGACUUUAGUUCCCAUACGUGGGGCACGCUAACCCGCUAGGCUAUCUGCAUGCCCCAUAAACUUCAGCUUUUAAAGUUGCUUUCUAAAUAAUGUUAUUGAUGAUCAAACUUCUCAUAGACAUUGGGUGUUGAUUUUCUCUGUCAUGCUCCAAUGUUCACUUGCAUGGACGUGUUGAUAGGAAGACGCAUUGUAAACAAAACCACAACAGUAUUUUCAUCGUGACAGUAUUUUCAUAGAAUUUUCAUACUUUGAUAUACAUCCUGUUAGCCUCUUGCUAACAUUCUUUGAUGACUAUUUUGAUACGUGAUACGUCUACUUGGAGACAAUCCAGUAGUAACAGGCUAAAAGGGGGCAUGUCACCACCUGCUGUAGCAGGGUUGGACAUGCUUCUGUCUAUGAUUCAAGUCUCACCCAUGGCUUGUAACCUGGGACAAGGGCAGUAGUUUAGUUAAGUCACCUAACUGAUGUAGCUGUGGCUUGACUUAACUGUGCAUGGAAAUGUACUGACUGAACCCCAGAUUGCUCUGAGUGGCGUAGGCAGCGGUGCUUAAAUGAGUGGGAUAAAUAAAUAGUUAAGAUCUCUUCAGACAGCACCUGCUGCUGUCAGUGCAUGACUAUGGUGUGUAUGGGUGAGUGUGACGUUGUGUAAAUUGCUGCUAUCAGUGUUUGAAAAGACGAAAAGAAGCUUAGAGAGUAUUUGAAAGUUAUAACCCUGCGCCACCCUCCAUCAGACAGUUGUUUAAGGAUAGAGUGUCCAUGUAGUAGAGAGGCUGUGAGGAGAUCUGGAUCAAUGUCAGACUGCUCGAUUUGCUCCAGGCCUAGCAUUUUGACAAGCUGUUUUCAAAGGAAAGAAAGUUUAACAAGAAGUACAUGAACUAGUGCUGGACGAUAAUUCGAUAACAAUAUAUAUCGAUCGAUAGACGUGUGGUGCGAUAGAAAAAAAACGGGUCGAUAAAAAGUUCGAUAGAAAACAGUUUCCCUUUCUUUUUCAUCAUAGCCUAUCAUGUAGCUUUUACUACAGUCGUUACUUCCUCCCAACCAAUCACAAACGCAGACCCAGGUACGCUACGGCACCAAGCCCAGCCCCUAUCAAACCACAACAGACAGCACGUGUAUUAGAAAAAAUGAUACAGCAAGGAGAAGCGGAGGACAUUGUCCCGAAAAAAGGUUUCAGUAGUUCUCCAGCAUGGCAAUGUUUUGGUUUUUAGAAGUCUGACAAGAAGCGAACAGCGGUCGUUUGCAAAAUUUGCAGAGAAUUAGUAAAAACCAAGUCUGGUAACACACCCAACUUGUUUUACCAUCUAAACCGAUCGCACCCGCAGGAGUACGAGCUGUGUCGGUCGCGCCGCGGCUCCACGUCGUCGGAGGAAUCCUCUGGAACCGCUGCCAGCACCAGCACAAAGCAUGUGAAGCAGACCAAACUGGACUUCGUUUCUUGCCAAAAUACGACAGAGCGUCCGAGCGGCAUAAGGACAUCACCCAUGCAGUAACAUGCUCCAUAGCGAGGGACACACUGCCAAUAACUACCGUUGAAAAGCCUGGCUUCGACCAGCUUCUAGCCACUCUCGACCCGCGGUAUGAAGUGCCCGGCCGCAAGUAUUUCUCAAACACAGCGCUUCAGGCAUGAAAAUGGGUCAGGGGUUGAUAAGGUGAGAAGGGUGCGGAGGAAAUACGUUCCGGUGUUGUGCUGUAGAAUGCAUCCCUGCAUCCCGUCCACUCAUUAGCUUCUUAGAGUGGAAGAAAAUGAGCUCAUAUUUUACAAAGACGCGAGUAUUUGGAUCAUGGCUGCUAGCAGGGGGUGCAUUCGGCAGGGGUGCAUUCUACGACACAACACCGGCGUGGAUAAGUCCUGCUUCGCGUGCUUAGUUUGUGUAUUAAGUCAAUCACAUGAUAAUUAAAAAAAAUAAAUCUCCCGACCCCGGGAGAAAUAUUUCAGUGUUCAGACACCAGGCUGUGGGCAGUUUCCCACACAGUUAGAAGUGGUAGUAUGCUAUUCCCACCUAAAGCUAUUCUGUUUAUUUAUAUAUUUGUUAGUUUUGUUUAUUUUCAUCAAAAGACUAUUUAAAUAUUUAUUUAUCAGAUUUUCUGGUCACUUUAGUCUUUAUGUUUGUCAGUAUUUACUGACGUCACUCAGGCCACUUAAGUUGAUUUCUUUUUUUUUAGUUCUUUUUUAAAAAACUUUCAGUUGUAAAAUAAAAAAGGUGGUUGAAUAAAGGUUUGAAUUUGAAUUCAGUGCUUGUGUGUUCUUUAUUAAAAGUAGGUCAUUAAGCAAUAGCAUAAAACAUCCAGGGCUGCAAUUAAAAUAUAUGUUAAAUAAUUAUAAUAAUUAUAUCGAUAAUUAUCGAUAUCGAUCAAUAUGAUUUAUUUUUUAUCGAUAUGCUUUUUUUCUAUAUCGUCCAGGCCUAACAUGAACACCCAGUGUCUUUUCCAGAGCACUGACAAGGGUUUUGUAGAGUCAUAUUUUAGUGUCUUCUCUCUUUGGCUACUAGCCCGUACUGUUCACCUGACCAGUCAGUCAUAGUUAUCUGCUCUGUACACUGAGCAUCAGACUGUUGGUCAGAUUGUGGUGAUAAUUUUAUAAAUUUUUCCUCAGAUGAAAUGGCAAAUAGAAAACUUGACAGAUAAGACCAUAAAGCAGAAUUACUUUCUGAAGUUUGUGGAGAUGUGUGUUCAAUACAUUAACACACCUCUAUCCAACCGAUAUCUAUGUCUGCACUCUAUGUUUACUCUUUUGAACACUCAACUACUGCCUUUCUCUUCCACGUGGCUUGACCACAGACCUCCUCCUCUCCGCACUCAUCCGACUCUUUUCAUUAUUCAGAACUGCACAGUGGGAAGAGCUGGAGAGAAGCUCUAAUCAGACACAACAUUAAUAUUUAAUGGAGAAUUAAGUAUGAUUACAGCCCCAUAGCACAUUUAUAAGCACUGAAUAUCAGCAGGGGGUCACAGUUUUGCUAAGUUAUACCAAUAAAUCAUAAAUUCCUGAGCAGAUAGUGGAUGUCACGAUUUUCCAAAACCACUUAGAAAAUCCACCAUAUCUACACCCACAGAAAAUACCAAAAGCAUUUUUCUCACCCUGUCAGCCCUCUACAAGUGAAAACAAAUGAGAGACAAACUUAUUCUGCAACAUCGAGAGCCAAAAUAACAAAUAUCAAAGUAGUUUUGUCGGUUCUUACCUCUUCAUUUUAUAUCCCUCUGCAAGGCCAUCUAAUGAGCAAACUGUCUAUGGGGAAAUGUACAGCAUUGUUUGUGACAAUCAGAGGCCAAUCAGAGAGAAAUGUAGUGAAACCAAAUGGCAGUAGGAAAGUUAAAAAGUGUGUUUGUGUGUGUUUUUGUGUCUGUGUGUGUUUGUGUAAAGGAGAUAAAUUCCAUCUGCCUCCAGCCUGAAACAGUAGUUCAAGUUAAUUGUGCUCCAGUUUUCUGCUGUAGAGUUUUAUUCUGAGUUAAGUUUUCAUCUCCUGCAAAUAAACUAGACGAGCUUGCAAAACAACAUCAUGCCUUGAGAAUAGUUGUGGGCGUAAAUCAUUAGAAAUACCAAGUGAAAAUGAAAGUCCAGAGUCAGAGGAAUCAGAAUCAAAACAAGCUCACCAACUUAAUUUUAACAUUUUAACUCAAUGCCAACUUCCAUUUUUGCUGGUCCUGUUUGAGUUGUUAGGGAUGUAAAUAUUGACCAAUCAUUACUUCUCCUUGACUAAAUUGAGACAAUGAUGUGGAAAAUAAAAGUUAGGCUGAAAAUCUGUUUUAAAUGCCGACAAACUUGUUGGCUAUCUUUGGUGGACAACUGUUUGUUUACCCUUUUAAACCAAUCAUUUCACUUCAACAAGUGUGCCGUUACAUAUUCUCAACUCAUCUUUCCCAUUGCCAUUAGAUGAUUUUCCACCUGGUGCAUGUCACUAAGGAGUCUCUUUACAGUGGUAGGACUGAAUUAGCUAGCUAUCAGCGAUCCUAUCAAAAGCCUAACAGACCUCAAUGUGGCAGCUGGCAUCACAAAAAAUAAGAUAAGAUAAGAAGAACUUUAUUGAUCCCCAAAGGGGAAAUUCAAUAAUUCAGAUUAGCGUCUUAUUACAACCUGCAGCUUGAAGAAAAGAGAUGAGCUGUGGAUACAAUGUUUAAAGAUGAGACUGGGAGUGUCGUUAUAAAAGAUAGGAGGACAAAAGACAGAUGUAGGGGGAAAAAAAGCAAACUGUAGUGUCUGCUCAGGUAAUAACAAGUAUGUAGGUUGAUGGUCUGACAUAAAUACACAAUAACUCUCCAAGUUUAAUGUUCUCUACAUUCAGAUUUCGUUGGAGAAUCUAUGGAUUUGUGCUAGAGUAGCAUUUUUUGACAAGGAAGCAAAAUUCAUCAUAACACCGGCUGGCUUUCAGCAUACGACGCUACAUGAAGGUACACAGUGUACCUCCUCCUUGUAAAGUCUGAUGUUUGAUUUCUUCAGACUCAUAUUCAGACACCAAUCAUUCAGCAAACAUUCACUGAGUUCGGUAUCAGCAUAGGCCAUUGAAAAACUGUAUUCAGUAACUUAAUAUAUUUAUCAUGUGGUUUCACAAUAUCUCCAGAUCAUGUUGUUGCUAAGUUUUAUGACCUCAUUGUGUCAUUUGGAGUGAUGGCUUUGUGAGAUACAUUAAAUCAGAUUUACAGUUAUACCAGGCAGAUAGUGUUUCACUGAGUGGCACAUGAAUGUUUCUCAACUUCAAAACAAGGUUGACAAGGACUGUCAAACGAAGAGCACAUGGCAAUAACAAGCAGUGCUUGAAUAUUAGAUCUGAUUCUUAUGUGUCGAUCACAGAGGGGGGAAAAACGCUGAACUGUUUUCAUAAUUUCAGCAAAAUGAUUUACAGUCCAUGCACAGAAAAGCAACGAUUUCUCUGCAAGAAUUGAUUUUCAUAAAUGUGUUAGUUAAGAUAGAUUUUCUUAUUUCUCCACUCAGCUACCUGUCAAUAAAACACUUCUCUGUGUGCACGUUAUAAAGACCAAGUUUAUUUAUUAUUAUUGCAGUUUGUUCUGAAAGUCUAGUCUAUUAUCUCUUGAAAAAGCAAUAAACUCAAUGAUGUGUUAUUUGAAAGACUCAUGGUAAGAGGGUUGGCUUUCUAACUAAUCAAAUAAUUUCAAGUUAUUCCACACUUAUAAAAAAACAGGGUGAAAAUAUAACAUUAGAUUUCAGAUAGAGUCUUUGAUAUAUAUUGUGCAAAACAAUGAAAAUAAAAAUACAGAUAAAACUCCGAGUUCUGAUCGGUCCUCUCAGUCCUCUGCUGUUUUAGUCACUGAGGAAGCCUUUACAGCCCUUCGUCUGGAGGAUUGUGAGCACUGGAAGGAGACCCAAGGUUAGACCCGGGACACAACAGAGGGAUUAAAUCUUGUGGCUGCUCUGAGAGUUCUUGUGAUCCCCCAGAGAGAAUUUGCAAAGGGGAAAAAAAAAAAAAAAGGUCAAUUCAGCUUUUCUUCUUGUCCUUCUAUGCUAAUGGGACUGAGGAGAAACAGCUCAAGUGUGAAUGGAUGAGUUAGAGAUGUGGUGAAUAUUGCUCCUGCAGAAAAAAAAAACAUCACAGAGUGCUUUAAGCGUACACCGAGGAGGGGUAUGAUACCAGAAUUUUAAACGUCGAUACAGGUGGAAAACAGAGAGACAAAGAAAGAGUGACAGUCAGUGUAAGUGAAAAUGUUGAAAUUGAGAUUAUAAUAGACAAUACUGCAGUCGUGCUAGAUUUAAUAUAUGGUGCCAUUAGUUUGUUAAGAAACAUUCAAAGAAAGUUUUUAUGUACAGUCUGUGUUUUGUAAGUGUGAUAAUAUCAAGUAAACACAUGUUUAACAGUGAAAAUACCAAUGCUUGUACAAUACAGUUUUCACAAUACCAAAAUAGUUCCAAAGUUUGUCAGCAUGCAGUGCUUCAUGGCAGGAUUUGGAUGGUCAGAGUGCCUGUGCUGACCCCUACCCUUGGCCAACAGAGCCCACAAUGGGCAUAUGAGCAUUACAAUUGGAUCAGUUUAACCUGACGGUGUGAACUUGAUCUCCAAAUUCCCUAGAUCCUAAUCCUAUCCAGCAUCUGUGGGAUGUGCGGAACAACCAAGCCAGAUCCAUGGAGACCCCACCCCACAAAUUCCAGGACUUACCCAAUGAGCAUUUUUUGGUCUAGAAGAGGUCUAAAUGUAGCCUAGACGACUGGUCUAAAAUCAGGCUACCACAGGUCUAAAAAUGAAAGUCUCUAACUAUUUUGAUUAAGUACUUGGAGAUUCUUGGAGGUUCUGCAACUCACAGUUGAUUUUUUUAAAUAAAUAGUUUUCGAAUAGUGGGUUAAAGUGCAUAGAAUAAAUUCCAUCUAAAAAUAUACAGAAUCUAGACGAUUGAAAUAUGGUCUAAAAAAAAAACUAGGCGUCUAAUAGCCGUCUAUUGCUCAGUGGGAAGUUAAUUUGCCGGUAUUGUCUUGUUGCCAGAUACCACAGCUACAUUAUAUUUGUCAUAGGCAGUCAUAAUAUGACGGCUGAUCGGUGUAGUUUAGAACGAUGAACGAUUAGCUCUCACUUUCACUUAAUGAUCCUGAACUCAGAUUUAUGUGCAACAAAGUUUGCAAGCACUAGGAAGCUGAAGUUAAUUGCAGUUUGCUGCUUCUUAAACAUGCUGUGCUAUGGCAGUAAAAACUGACGUGCAGCCACAGGUGGAGAGAGGAGAGGAACAGGAGGCAUUUGUGCGUGUGUGUAUGUGUGUGUGUAUGUGUGUGUAUGUGUGUUUCAGAAGCUGAUUAUAUCCUGCUGAUGAUGAAAAUUUGAUUCAGUUUGCAGCUUUGGACUCCAGCCUUUUCUUUGAUAUAUGGAUGAACAUUAGAAUUCAAAUGACUGUUAAGCCGAGUACAUAUAAUCAUUUCAGGUAAUAAAACACCUGAAGCUGCAGGGCAUCAGUCAUUAUCAAGAAUCAAUCUUCUCAGUGCUCCAUGUCACUGAGUGAGCCUCCUUACAUGUUCAGUGAUGUAGGCGGGAUUUAGCCAUUCUGUCAUUUUGCAGAUAAUGUAUGCUAACACCUCGUUUUCUUAUCUCUGCAGAGUGAGCUGCUGUGAAUCCAGCAAGGAGAAGUCUCCUGACAGGAGGCAAGAUGGCGUCCAACAACACCCUGCGCAGUUACUCCAUCAUCCCAUGUUUUAUCUUUGUAGAGGUAAGAGGCAGUGUGUGCAUGUGCAGUGUGUGUCCGGCUGAUAAUUUGCACUUUUGCACAAACAGUAUUUUACAUCCAUACGUGUGCAUGAAUUUUAAUCCAGGUUUGAGAAUGUGACCUCCUCUGUUGACAUAUAUUCUGUUAGCCAGAGCGAGGUUUGAAAUGAGUGGAAAGGUCUUUGUGUGUGUGUGCAUGUGUGUGUGUGUGUGCUACAACUCCUCCAUAUUUAAUUACCAUGUCAGCUAAAGUCCUUAAUCAGAGAGAUGUCUCAGGACGCCUUGCAUUACUCGCUCUCCCCUCACUCUUUCUCUUCCACACUCACACACAUUUCUCUGAGGAAACAUGUCAUCUCUUCAUCCCGAGCCUUCCUCUUGACUGACCCCUUUUACGCAUAUCUGACAACCUUCCAUCAAAACAUCGUUUCAUACUGUAAAUUAAUUCAACUGUCAGCUAUGCUGGCAUGUUGAAGUCUGUCCUACUACAUAAGUGAAAAGUAAAGUGAAUUAUUUGACGUGUUUCACUCUGGGGUGGGAGAAAAAAUUGAUACAGCAUCGUAUCCCGAUAUUUUGUCUGGUGAUAUAAUGUGUCGUCUAAUUGACCAAGUAUAGCUUUUUAGAAUUAAUUGUUAAUAUGGGACUGGGCAAUUUGGCCAAAAAGAUGAUCACGAUGUACUUUGUCAUAUUGUCCGAUCUCGAUUAUUAUUCCGAUUUUUUUUUAAACAGCCAGUUUUAAAGCAUCUGUACUUAAAACUAAAAAAUAAGUAGAUAAAUACUAAAUAAGAUGUUAAAUAACUUUUCUUCUCAACAAUAACAUCUUUGGAGGUUGACUCAAAGUCAUGGCUGACAUCUAUUUUACUGCCCUCAGCUUCAUGUUUGGUUACUCUGUUUACUUGUCCAGCAACUUAAUGAAGUGAGCAAGAAAAGCUCCACUCUGAUUGGCUGUUGUGAUGCAAACUUUCGCCAUGUUUGAUCGAGUAAAUAAGCUCACAGCUGAUCACUUUGAUCGAACUGAAAUUUAUCAUGAUCAUUAAUCACGAUCAUAUAAUCGCUCAGUCCUAUGUUAAUAUGAAGUUAAAUCUAUGAUAAUGAAAAAAUAAGAUCAACUGUUUGUCCAGUGAGGUUGGCAAAGGUGACAUGAUAGAGCAGGAGAAAGUUUGUACAACAAAUAUAUUUAUAAGGCUUGCAAGAUGAGCUACAUGAAAAUAAAAUAUAGUGUAAAUAAGACAAACAUAAAGGAAAGCCAAAUGCUAAAUUAGCUAAACAAUUGAAAAAAUUAUAUAAAUCGCAAUAUAUUGUAUCACAAUACUCACUGUAUUGCAUAAUGUUAAAAAUCGCAAUAAUAUCGUAUCUUGAGGCCACUAGUGAUUCCCAUCCCUACUUUCACUUUGAUGUGUGAUCCCUGGUGUCUUGGACUUUUCUGUUUUUUAUGUCUCAGUAUUUUUAAUGUGACCCCUGCUGAUUAAUCGGACAGUUAUAAACAACACAAAUCUGUGUUUGUAAUCACAGAGCUCGAGCAAAAAUCUGCCUGCAGUCUUGAGAUAAUUUCUAUUUUAAUUCAAUGCAAAGUCUCAGUUUGAUGUAGAUUUUUCACAGUUUAACUUUGCCCUUGAGCUCUGCCACCCCCCCCGCCAUGCCUGCUGAAGGGAAAUCAGAUUUUGAGGGUUGCUGUCAGAUAUAAGCUAUUCUCAAAAUGACUAAGAUGCACUGUACCCUUUAGUAUACUGAAGCGAAUCCAGAAUGGAGAUUAAAUUUCUAUUACUGUUUGCAAAAAAAAAAAUACACAUCUUAGACCCAUUAGGAUGCAUCAGUGACAGUACUGUUUCCUUGCUCAUGAUACAUGCUCUAAGUUUGUCAAAACAAGUCACAUGCAGUAUGUCUUGAUCUGAAAUGCUGCACUAAAGUCCUGAGUGUCUAUUAAAUGUUUCUUUUAGCUCCACACAGCCUGCAGACUUAAGUAAAGACAUUGAACAUGGACUCACUUGAAGUGCCACCCUUCAUUUAUUUAUUUAUCUAUUCUUUUGAAUUGCUUCACAUGGUAGAUUAUCAGACAGUCCUUCAGCUUUUGUUGACAGUCCUUCUGUUGGACAGCCUGUCGUCUCUGUGCACCAAUUUGCUCAUUUACAGCUUUCAAGUGUCUUGGCUGGAACGCAGCACGACAUGCUCAGUUGGACAUGGCUAAUCACAGCUGUGCAAUUUGUUUAAUUAGGAUGUGUAACUAGAGGGGGUUAAUAGAUAAAUAAUAAUUAUUAUAUGUUCAGGCAGGAUCCCAGAUCCCCAUGUUAGUAGAAAACUCUGAAAAUUGUAUCUUUUAUAAGUACAUUUUUAUCAUUGUUAACUGCAGCAUCAUCUUCUCUCCUCACUAUCGCACUAUUGUCUUGCAUUGGUCUUUAUACCUUUAUUGGUUUAGUGAUGUUUAGUGAUAAUGUGGGCAUGUAUGUAACAGUUUAUACAGAGUCAAAUCCCUUGCAUGUGCUCACACUGUUGGCCAUUAAAUCUGAUUCUAACCCUGAUAUUAAAGAUGCUGAUAAAGUGGUGCUUAAAAUUUGAAAUAUGGUUCUCUUAAAAACAGACAUACUUUCUUUAAAGUGUAAAAAGGAGAGUCACAAGAACCAGUGGUUCUGGAAAAAAAAACAAGCAACUAAGAUUUUUUUUAAAUAUUCUUACAGAGUGAAGAGCAGUAAUGUUGGCUUUCAUUAUCUGCAUAUUUAAAUGAAUACUUAAGAUAAUAAUGAUAAUAAUAAUAAUAAUAACAAUAAUAAUAAUAAUAAUAAUAAUAAUAAUAAUAAUAAUAAUAAUAAUAAUAAUAAUAAAGGUGUCACAAAUGAAAAGAAAACCGCUCAUCAGAUUUUGAUGAUUUAAUUCAUGUUUACGUCACCUAGAAAAUGAGUGAUGUGAAGAAUCUGAGCUGACAUUGAGGUUUAAACUAUAUUUAGCACAUGCUGAUAGCUGAUAUUGGUAUUGUGGCUUUUUGUGUAUUCAUUUGUCUCUGAUUUUCAAUGAUUAUUGAGAUCUGAUAUAUGAGUAAACAGUUGUAAGUCCCUCUGUCUUACAAACUGCAUAUUGCUAAUCUUCCUUAGACACCUUGUUAUAUCCCAAGACUUCACACAUCUUUGCUCUUGUUUGGUUAUAAAAAUGAAUCAGUUUGUCCAGAAACCUGUCUUUAGCGUAAUCUCAUUUACAUACAAUUUGCAGAAAUCACAGUUUCAAUAGAGAGCUUGUAUGAACUUGCAUCAGGUAGACAAACGGUGUAAAAACACUGUAUUUAUAUACUGUGGCCUAUUACUGGUCUAAUGGGGCAGCUUAACUUCUGUUAAUCUGUUUCUUGCUGAAUAUCCUGCAAACAGCUUACGUACAGCUUACAAAUCUAUAUGUAAACUAGGAUAAUAGCAGAUAGAGAGGAUAAUGUUAGGGGGAAACAAGAGGAGCAGAGAGCAGGGGUAAAACACGCAUCAAAGGAUUGUGGCUGGGAAUCGAACCAGCAUCCACUGUAACAAGAACACUAGCCUCCAUAAACGGGGUACAUGUUUGAAUCACUCAGUGUCCCGUUUUACUCUUUUAAUCUUACUGUUACUUGGGUAUUUUCUCUUUUUUUCAGUGCAGCAUGAACUGCGCUCUUGAGAGACAUACUGUAAAAGCCCGUAGAGUGUAAGCUGUCUUUAAUUUCAUUACUCAGUUUUCAGUUAGUCCCUCUCCUCUGCAAGAGCGGCUCUCAAAGGCAUCCCAUCCAUCUCCCCUUUUCCCUUUUAUUCCUGUCUUUGAUGUCUCUGUCACAUCCACACAGGCUCAUUUCUCUCUGCCUCCUCCCUCCUCUGCUAAGCUCCUUUCUCCCUCAAUCUCUCCCCUCAUCUCCUUCCAUUCCUCAGUGUCACCGAGCUCUUCCUUCCCUCACCUUCAUUGUUCUUCACUGUAAUGCAACAUCUCAUUGCGCCUCACUCUUUCACUCCAUCUUUCAUUUUUCUCUCCUUUCUCACCUUGCCUGUUGUAAACUUAGCAAGGCAGAGGAACCGUGAGGUCACAUGACUGAAACAAAGCAUCCUGAUUGGAUCAGCAUGGUCCUGUAUUUCAGAGCCUAAGGGAGUGUUAGAAGGAGGAUGUUUAUUUAUGAUGAUUUGUGUAUAUAGCCAUGAAAGCUGUUGCUUUUCUUUCUUCUAUUAUUGAACAGGAUGACAUUUUUUUCUGCUAUUUUUCAAUACUGUGAGAGCAACUGUGGAGAGGCAAUGAGGACUACGAAGUGGGAAUAAUUAAAGGAGUAGGAGGAGGGAGUUAGAUGGUGUGCAACCGAAAGAUGGAACUCAAGGGAGGAGACAGAAAUGAGAUGAGGAGGAAGAUGAUAGAAACAGGGGAAGGAAGUGAAAGGUUGCAAAAAAACGAGAAAUUAAUUACAGGGAGGCGAGUUCUGCUGAAAGUGAAGAGAACAGAUACAUCCUGCACGUUCCCAUGUAUGAGAUUAUGCAAUCCUGCCCCGGGCUUUCAUUAAUCUAACUAGGACCACCAUUACUUUUCAGACUUCAUCAACUAAGAUAUAAAUCAGGCUGAGGAGGGACAGUACUUUUCAAAGGACCAUGUAGUACAGGAGACAAAGAAAUCCAACUUUAGAGAUUUGAUUUUUUUUGUCUUAUUUAAUCUUACAGUGUGGGGUAAUGAUGUUUUAGACUUUUGACAGUCUUCAUGUGUAAAUGUGUGUUAUGAUAAGAGUUUCAGCUGGUUUAACUUAUCAAAGCAGCAGAAAGAAAGGAGCUCAUACUGGAUGCAUAUCCUUGAGGACUUCUCACAUUAGCUUUUCAGCAGAAAUCAGGUCACCUUUAUGGGCAAUGACACAAAGGACAAUACACAAAUGACUGUCUUCAGUAACAAGCAAGAAAAAGGGAGAUGCAGUUCCUGGAGAACACAGCGAUAGUGUCGACUUUGAUGAUUUCUCUGCACUUUGAGCAUUUGUGCCCUCUAAAAGCUCAAAUAACCAUACGCCUAAGCAAUGAAAUUUAUUCCUCUUUUAUGUUCUUUUACAGUGUCUCUGUAUUAAUUAUUAUUCUAAUUACAGAUUCAGUAAAACCAUCAGGUCAUAAAAUAUCAAAAAACUGUCUUUCUUAUGUAAACCAUCCAACAUGUGUAUUGUUUGUGCAUGCCGUCCAGGGGCAGGGCAAUUUCUCUGACUAACUUAGUGUUUGCUUUUUGUGUAUCACUGGAAAACCAAGAAGAAAAUGAAUUAGACUUUUUGAGGUCUCUCUACUCAGUUUUUGUAGUAUAAUGUAAAAUGUGUAUGGAACCCAGUGAAAGAUGCACCUUGCGAACAUUUGUAGAUUAAAACCCAAACUCUGAGUUUAUUGUGGUGUGUCUGCUUGAUCAAUGUACUAUAUUUACAGCAGAAAGUUUACACAGAGAGAGAUCAAGAAAUGUGGCCAACAGGAGACAAACCGUACAGGUCUCUGGUGAUCAUCCAUGAAACACAAACAGCUCUAAGUGUAGUACAACUUUUCUUGUGCUGUAAUCAUGAUGAACCUACAGUUAAGUGUCAUUUUUCAGUGUAUAUAUAAUUUCUAUACAUUUGUGUUUGUGAUGAAUCUGAUGUUUAGCUCACACUCUCAUUUACACAGGUGAGUUUCCAUCAGUGCAGUCAAGCUUAAAUAACAUAUUGCUGUUUUUUUACCGCUAACCUACAGAUGGGUUUGACAUCUGAAGGGAAAUUUUAAGGUCUGAAUCCAGACAAGCCAGGCUACGAUGCCCAUAUCUGUCUGUCCUUUUUCUAGUUCACUAACUCAACGUGACAGGGAAAAGAAAAUCUAGGACUUGGUGUUGGAUUAUGUAAUGUUUUUUUUCAGGUUGUUUUUAUGGUGUGAGGGUGGAGAUGUGUGUUGAAACUGACAGUUAAAAGACUUUGGAGUGAAGGAAAGUAAAAAAGAGGAGAUUGGUAGAAGCGGAGAAGGAAUGAUGGGUAAAAAUUAAAUGGGUAUGAUGAAAUUGGCUUUUCUGUGUUUUAAAUACUUGAUGAGCUGAUAAUACAAAGUUUGGGGAGGUGAUAUAGCUUUAGUAUUACAUCAUGAUAUUUCAGUAUAUUUGGGUCGCACCCACCAGGUGAUUCUUUUCGGUCAGCAAGUGUGAUGGUCUGCUUGGCAUCAUCUCAUCAUCAGUAUUGCAACAACACACUAUUUUAUCACAUACAAAUUUAAACCGUAUUGUUAGGCCUGAACGAUAUAUCGUUUGACUAUCGUCAUCGCGAUGUACGUGUGUGCGAUAGUCACAUCGCAGAGCCUGCGAUAUUGGAGGUGAAUUAACUCAUUUAAUUUCAAGGGUAAGCGACUGAGAUACACUCCAUGUGACUCUGCAUGUGCUGUGCAGCGAUCCACCAAUCGCCUUCGUCCUUAACUCAGUUGCCAAACACUCACUUCUCAGUUGCCAAUCAGACUACCCUGCCAGCUGUCAAUCAAAAUCAGGGAGGAGAAAACCCACCCCUGCACAUGGAGGGAGACGUGUGUCCGCUGAGAAUUACUUUCGGAACUUUACUCAUGACUAUUAAGCCCAACAAAUAAGAACUGUAUGGGUUUUAAAUUGUACAUUUCCGUGGACCACUCUACUAUAAGCAGUGCGCGUUUUGCGAGGUGCAUGCAAUUCUCGGAGGACAUGCGUUUCUCGGCACAACACCGCUAACAACAAGAACAACGAUCGCAAAAUGAACAACGAACAAGCGAAAACCACCGAAAAUGAAGAUUUGUUGCCAAAAAGAAAAGGAAAGUCAGUUAUCUGGAAUUAUUUCGGUUAAAAGAAGGAUGAUGUCGACCAAAACACGUCUUCUGUGUUCAUCUGUUGCCACAAUAACGUCCCAGCACAAUAAAAGCUAAAAAUAUCUCUGAGACAGACAGAAGCCGUUCUACUAACAUUCACAAAAAGAGGUAAGAUCAGAGCAGAUUAACUGUCCUCAAGAUUUCAGCAGUGCAGCAUAACAUUAAGUGCUAUUCAGGUCAUCUGGUGAAAAUAUUGUAUUUUUAAUAUCGCAAUAUAUAUCGCAGGGUUGAAAAAAUCGCAAUAUUAUUUUUUUCCAAUAUCGUGCAGCCUUACCGUAUUGUUGCUGAUGGUGUGGUGUAGCUCAGCCCUUAUACAAAGUUGUGUCAGGAAUAAAGGAAAAGGUGAAUUUGGAGUUAAUUUAUAUAAUGGCUAUAAUUAUGUAUAAAUUAUAAAAUUAUAUAAUCAAUUUGCAGUAGUUCUUCUGCCUUAGCGUCUCAGUCUGAUUGCAAUGUUACUUCAUGAUUGCAUGAAGAAAUGAUCAUAAAUGUUCUUCCUUGAGCUGCGAAACUCCACUGCACUCGGUGAUCGACUCGUCAGGGCUCCCCCACAAAGAGGGGCUGCAGGAGGAGAGUGGGUGAGUUGUGUUUAGUCUCUUUGCUAAAGAAAUUAGGCAAAACUAAAAAAAUGUUCGGUGUCUAGUACUAUGGCUGGGACCCUGCAUGUACUGUUGAUGAAGUUAGGUGCUGUUCUGAGCAUUAUAUGUGGCCAAAGAGUGGCUUCUUGGUUGAGGUUUAUGCGUGAAGACAUAGACUGCUGUGUAUUGCUAUCAUGGGGUCAUUGCUGAAGUUGGUAUAGAUAGAGAUGCAAGCGGUCGGCAAUUUACAUCUCUCGAGGAAUUUCUAACUCGGUGUUACGGUGUGUUUGACGAAAACUUAAUUUUACGCUGGAAUAUCCCUUUAAGAGUUUUCAAGAUUAGAAAUAGUUGGAGGUCCAAGUUGUUGGCGAUUGUGUUUGAAAUGGUAACAGUAGGAAUUUUUUUGUCUGCUCCUCUGAUGUGAUGUAUUUGGCUGAAGGGCACUGAGAAGAGUGGUUUGUUGAAACUCCACAGAGGUGGAUUACUGCUUCAAGAUGCCCUGCCAGGAUGUUAGUAAAAAGAAGAGAAUUGUGCCCUCCAAGGCGGAAGGACAAUGGUGUGCCGCAGUAACUUUGUAUUGCCAUUUUUACGACAGACACUCUCCUCAGUCUGGCCUUCACACAGCUAAUGCAGCAUGACACUGACUGUGGAGUGAAUAUAAUAGAGCCACAAGUUCUGCUUUAACUGCGAAAGGGACACUUGUCCAAGUGUAGGACUGUCACACAAAGCAGCCUUUAUGAAGAAAUCACAGAAAUAGCUUCCAGCCUCCAGAAAUCCAAUGUACUGCUAGUUUUUUUGUUCAAUGCAGUCGAGGGCAUGUCUCUUAAAGGUAAGCAGUCUCAAAACCAAGCUGUGUUUGAACCAACGGCAGGUCAGACAAGCAGAGAUAGGCGUAAAAUCAGGCUGCGCACGAUGGGAUUGGCUGUCUCCUGCGGCCUGUUCGGUAAUCUGCUCGUUUUUUAUGGACUCCUGUGAUUAAUGUUGUGAAGAAGUAUCGUUAUAGAGUGAAAGACUGUGAAAGUGAGAGAUAUGAGGAGAAGAUUGAGUAAAAGAAAAGAAGAAACAAAGAAAGAAAUCUUUGUCUUUCUAACAAGCUUCAUAAUUAGUACCAGAACACCAACUUCUAGGCUGCUGCAUCCAAGCUGCUGAAUAUACAAAAACCCAGUGGCAGCUGUUUUCUUUUUUUCUAAUAAUCCAAAGGUCAAAAUAAAUUAGUUUACGGCUUAAAAAUGAACUUCAUGGAAUGUGUUCCUCUUCUCUUUUUUCCUGCUCUUUUCAGGCAUUUUCUUGUAAACCUGUCAUCCAAAGCUUCAGAUCCCACAAGGUAUUAGAAGGUAAACCUGCGAGUGAAGGAAUUUGCAUAUUUCAGAGAAGAUAUAUGCACAAUGUUUUAGCAGAUUAUCCUGCUUAAAUUUGCUUGUGGAACAACAAGAAAUCAUGAUAUUUCCACAAAUCUACUCGACUCACAGUGAAGCAAAGUAUUAAUUCUGGAUUACUUCAAACCUAGUAUUUAAUUUUUGCCUGACUUUGUGUUGCUUUAUACCUUUUAUUUUUGAGUAUAACCAUAAUGUAGGUGGGUAUGAUGUGCAGCCAAGUCUCAGUGUAUGGUUCCUUCACAGCAGUUGUGAUUGUGUGUGAACUAUAAAAAAAAAGCCGUCUCUCAGCGGGGUGCUUCUGUGAUGCCAACAUAGAGCCAAAAAAUAUUACUAACUAGCACAGUGUUAUCUAAAAAACUGGCACAGAAACCAACUAAAGAGACACAAACAAACACACACAGACAGACACACACACCUGGACAUCUCCACACAGCCAUCUGUCACUCUGCUGGAUCUGCCAACAUUUCUCUCCUGUCCUCUGUAAACACAGUUACUUUCUUGCCUUCUCAUCUAAAUGACUUAUAGAACUGGUUUUUAUUUCACAGGAACAAUGUUCAGAUUUAGGGCGCAUGGUUGAGGUUGUAUCUCUUAAUUAUAUUAUAGUGUCUAACUUAAGAAAGGGGCCUAAAUUUAACAUGAACGAUAUUGCUUUUCAGGAGCAACUGUUGCUAAUGCUAACACAAAGCUCGUCAUUACAAACACUACUAUCCUUUCCACUGAAGAAGUCAAUAUUAGGUCCUAUGGCAGCCAUAGAUUUGUUCACAUUGUUGGGAUUCUCAGACCUCAAAGUUAUAUUUUUAUCACCAUUACCGUUUAUUUAGUCCUGGAGUGUAAGUUCGCCAUGCAAAGUUAUUCAGUAAGGAUUAAAAUGUUGUAGGUAUUAAAAGCCACAAACAGAAGAGCCACUCCAGAAGUAACCCGAGGAAACAAGCUUGUUUAUAUGGUAUCUUGUCCAAGUCUGAUGUCUUGUCAUAUAAUAGAAAACUACUUUAACUCGAUAUUCAGGGUCCAAACUGCCUCAAACUUCACAUGUCAGAUGGAAUUUCUUUCUGAAAAUACCUACAAAAAUAUGCACUUGCCCUCUUUUUUUCUUUUUUCAUAGCACCACCUGCUGGUGAGACGUAGAACUCUGAACAGACCACAUAGUGUGAUGGCUAAUGCUGUUUUCUCGAACUAUCAGUUCUGCAGAGUCCCUUUCUACCUUUAAGAAAAACUACAGAACAGCUAUGCACUUCAGCUCAGCUCUUCUCCUCUGUGGUCCAGUAGAAUGACUUCUUAAACAAAUGACCCCUUUUACUUUGAGACACUUUGCCCGGCUCUUUGUGAAGGUGUCUGGCGUUAGUGAAGGAUACAAUGAUGACAGUGUGAUAUUUCAACUUGGUAAAUCACUUCAGUUGAUGGAUGGAUUGUGGUUUGACAUCAGUUAAAAAAAAAGUGUAUUGCCACAUUUACUGCUUAACAGCACUAUAUUCAGUUGCACUUAUAGCAGUUUUCGGCUCUUAUCAAUGUUAUUUCCUUCUACCUGGAUCUUGCUUGCUUUGUAUUCGCUCUUAACAUUCAUCACUUUGGGCCAAAAUAUAUGCCAAAGUGUUUAAUAUAUAAGUACAUGUCUUGUAUUGUUCCACUCUUGGAGCAGUGCUGAUCUUUCUGCAGAAACAUAGUGACACCUAGUGGUUUACGGGAGUAUUACCUGCCUGACAUGUCCAUGUUGCAGCAUGGAAAGUAUGGAAAAGUAUGGAAGUAAUUUGAUCAAUUUCCAGGUCUUAAAAAGUAUAGUAAAUGAAAAAUAAAGUAUGGAAAAAUAUUAAUGUUAACAGACUAUAUUACCACAGUUAAAAAAAUCCUGUUUCCUAAAAUAGAAAAGUGGGUAUUUCCAAAAAUAGUUCUUAAAAGUAGGGUAUGGAAAAGUAUGGAAAGUCCAUCUGUGUAGGAUCCCAGAUGCCGAAGAUGAGAAUAACUCUUUUACACCAUUUAGAAAUAUUAGACAGUUUCUCCUCUUUUGCUCUCACAUCUCAAUACAGCACACAUCUUACUGCUUAUUUUUUAUUUAAUACAAAUCUGGGAGAUCAGUGAAGCAUUAAAUUGUAGUUUUCUUCCCUCUCUUAAAGAUAAGUAAUUGUAUUUUUUUUGUUUUUACCGUGACAUAAAAGCAGAUAAACUGUUACUCAAGUAUGACAGCCAUGUGACUAAUAAUGAAAUGUAUGAUAGUACUUCUGCGUGACUAAGAUUUCCUGCUCCUUUUAGGUUCUAGUGACGUAGUAAGGCUUCACUUCCAGCUGGCAGCCUCUCUCGAAUCUCAUCACUUCCUUUUGAUUUGAAAAUCCCAGAAUAGUGCCAUCUACGGCAGCAGUGCCGGCAUAUUAGCAACAGAAUUAUCCAAAUGCAGAUGAUUUAUAGAAACUGAAUGAAAAAUCUCCCUUCGCAGUGUCUUACAUUUUAUAUCCCAGUGUUGGUUCCUUAUCAGUGACUAAGGAUAGCAUACGUAUGUAUAAAAAACAAUAUCGCCCGCAGCCAAUUCUGGAUAGAGAGCGAAAGGAGGCCAGAGACAAAAGACGACGUUAGAAGGAUAAAAGGAUGAGGGGGUGAGGGAGGAGAGGAGGUGGUAAGUGAUGGUGGUGGUGGAGGGGUGAACAUGAUGAGUGAGCAUGAGAUGGAAGGAGAGAGAGGGAGGGAGAGAGAGAGGAAAGGGAAUGUUUGAGAGGAUUUAUUCGGUUGUUUUGUAUGAAAACCUGGUACACACACACGUCACCACUGAGAUAGAACCAGAGUUAUGUUCAGGGAACAGCUGAGGAACAAGUCGUUCAAAUAACUCCACUUUUCAUCACUAAAAACGGAGCCUCAGAGGAUUGCCUCUAGAGUACUGGAUAUACAGCUAUCAAGUCCCUGCUUCCCUCCUCUUCUUCAUCAUCUCCUCUUUUUCAACUUUCUCUUCACUCUUAAUUAGCCUCACACCGGCAUGUUUUUCUUCCAGCUCGUCAUCAUGUCCGGCACGGUGUUGUUGGCCUACUACAUGGAGUGUACGGAUCUGUUCAGCGUCCACGUUCAAGGUUUCUUCUGUAAUGAUGCUGAGCUGAUGAAGCCGUAUCCAGGCUCAGAGGAAUCCGGCUUCAUCCCACCUCUCAUCCUCUACUGUGUGGUGGCUGCUGCGCCCACUGCUAUAGUAAGUAAAAAGCACAAUUUUUCUCGUAUAUUGGCACAGACUUCUAAACCACACUCGUGCUGAAGUAAAUCAUAUGUGGUAUAAAGCUGUUUUCAUAUGGAAUAGCAACAGUUUAUUCGCUGAUAACAGCUCACCAUACUUAGUUUGUUCUUGUGGCGACACAUAGGAAUCUGGAUUUUCAGCGUGUGGAUGUUCUGUUCUAUUUAUAGUACAUUUAGUCAGAGUAGUAUUCACCAGUUGACUCUUUGUAAACAGUCCACAUGGAGAGCAAAAGCAGGUGAGAUAUACACUGCUGUGAUGACGUCCUGCUUCCAUUUGUGGUAAUGUGGUGAUAUUUUAUUCACCCCUAUAACCGAGUCCAUCAGCAGAUUACCUGUAGGGCAUCAGAAGUGUUUGAUGCAACCUCUGUACAACAAAGAAGCGCUCUAAAAAGUGUAUUUUUCAUCUCUUGUGGGAAAUCCGGCUCAUGUUUGUAUUUUUACUUUUUAUAAAUCUCGACUUCUGUGUUGUUUUUGCCGACUCAACACCUGUAAACCAAAAGUAACGCACAAGAAAACAGGUUUCCUUUCAAGUUUAUACCAGUGAAGUAAAACAGACUGAAGCAUUUAAGCAUCUAUGUACUGUUAAUCUGAUGGUACUGGAAACAGAUGAACAGGCACUUUCCUGGGGAUGUAAUGGGCCGAGAAAUGAGUAAACACAGCAGGGGAAAAUGAAGCUAUGAAGUAAAAGUUUUUAUAACUGUUUGAUGUGCCUAAAUUACUGAAGAGUUGGCUUCUGUUCUCAGAGACUAGAUAAAAUAACACAAGUUCAACAUGUGGUGAUAAAAAAGGACAAAAAUAAGAGACUGUGAAAAAAACACAGGGUAACCACAGUUGACCACCUCUGCAUGUAGCAAGAAAAAAGGAAUCUAACAAACUUAACGUGACCUACUUUUACUUUUGGAAUUUCCUCAUGGGAGGAUUAAAGAAAUAUCUUGUAACACACUUAGACACCUCAUAGACUGACUCUGCCUAUUGGAGCUCACGUACCAACACGGCUGCCAUCUUGGAUGGGUACCCAGUCCCCCCCCCCCCCCCCCCAGUGCAUUUAUUUCUACUGAGGAAGAUAGGAAUGCCAAACUAUAUUAAUAAGAACUCCCCGAAUUUUCACCCAAUUUUCACACGGUUUGGUUUUUUACAAACCACAGAUAUUUAGCUAUGAUAUGGGAUGCUGUCACACAUUAAAAAUAACCUGUUUUCUUUUAAUCUUGUAAUUUUAUGAUAUCUACGUUGGUUUUUGCAGCCAUAGGGUGCAUAAAACACAGGCUUAGUUGCUCAUUCUCUGUUGACUCCGCUUGGCUCUAGAGCAGGCCUAAAGUGAGGAGACCCAUCCAAUAUGGCGGCAAUGCUGGAUUAUGUUUCAGCAUGUAAUGAGGCGCCUAUGCAUAUUAUGUCUAUGGUUUAUAUUGUGUGGAAAUAAGAGGCUGCUGGCAAAAAGUGCAAUUAGUGCCCGGAAAAUGUUAGUAAUAAGAGUUUUCUGUUAUUGAUAUGUUUAGUUUUUCAUCACAGCGUUAUCUGAGGUGUUCUCUGCAUCUGCCAACUCUCAGCUCAAGUAUUUUUGUCUGUAUUAGGAAGAAAAGAUUUGAAAUUGUACACCUCUGAAUACUGAAUAAAAAAGCCAUUUAUACAGACUUAAAACAUAGCCAUGCUCAGUCAAAGUAAGCGUAUAAUGGUUUAGUCGGUGUAUAAAAAUGGGGUUAUUAAAUUACAUGGAUCAAAUUCUCCUUUGCUCACCUGUCCUGUGAGGGAAGUAAUGAUGGCUUUUGGGGGACAGGAAGCUCCUGUAAUGCAUGAUUUCUUUUAUUUUUAUUUUAUUAUUUAUUUAUUCAUUUUUACAGAAAAGUUCAAAUUGUUGUGUGCACAACAACCUCUUUCUUCUUUUUUGUCUUCAUAUGCGCAUGUUAUUAGUUUGUUCCAUAGAGUGUAUAAAGAAUGGAUGUCAUCUGCCUCCUUGCUGGAUGAACCCUCCACGAGAACAGCACCCCCUGGUGACUGGAUGCAAUAUAGGUCAUAAACCCCUCCUCCAAUAAAAUGAAUGGAGCUGUGGACAAACUUUAAAAAUUAAAUACAAGUCAUAGAUUUUUUUCUCAUCCCUGUUUGGGAUGUUGACAUGUAGUUAUUAUUAGACUGGUUCGUGCUCAAAUCCUCUUUUUUUCUGUGCAGCUCAAUUUUUGAAAAGUUAUUAGGAGUUAUUCAAACGUUAAAUUAUGUCAUAUUUUCUAUGAUUGAUACUUGCAGUCAGUCAAUUAGCAUAAAAGGAUUGGUAUAUCGUUCGCAACAUUCUGCCAUUUGAGCUGAGCAUUAUGACAGCGAUUCUCCCACCAAACGCUACUGCGCAAAUGCCGGUGUCGUCCAUUCUGUGCUUUGGUAGAAAUAUGGCAGCCUAUGUGAGAGGGGACAUGCUCCAAUGUCUAUUAAAAGAAAACCUCUUGUCCUUAAUCAAAGCUCCAGUGAGGAACUUCCAGUUUGCAUCAGUUUGCUGCCUCCUAUGAACAAGACAGUCCUUGCUUAUCUGGCUUAGGGAGUUUUUUUUUUUUUGACUAAAAUAAACUCUCAUCUCCUCACACCAGUUUCAGGCAUCAAAAUUGGUUUUGCAGUUAGUUUUAAAUCUUUUGCAUUUAGACAGAGUAUUAUGAUUUUGAGUCUAUUAACUAAAUUAAUGAACAAAAACAAAUUAGAUUUUGUAUAAAGUGAUUUUAAACUUAUUUGAAUAAACUUGUAAAAACUAAAUCCAAUUUCAUGUAUAAAUGUUAUAUUUCUGUUCUGCUGAAUAUUUCACACACUGCACCUUUAACUGGAGUGUAUAAUUCCUUGAGAAGUAUGUCCAUAGAGAUCCCCAGCUGCCCUGACCAUAAAAGGCAAGAGGAUUUCCUGUUUCUUGCUGUUUCACCAUUCAUUCAUAAAUCAUUCAGUUCUACUGAGGGAAAUCCAUGCAAUUGUGUAACUUUUUGAGCAAGUCUAGCUGCCUCCAACCCAAUGCCUUUAGACUCGCCCUAAUACAUCUGCUGUUUAACAAGAGUAGAGAAAAAAGGGCAAAAUGACCUAACAGUGUUUUGAGUAAAACUGUUGUUUUUUUAAGUGUGCUGUUGAGGACAUCCUCUCUCCUCUUUGCAGUUUACUUACGAAAUCAAGGAGCUCACCAACUUGGAAUAAUUGAGAAUAAAUUAUAUGACAAAAAAAAAAAAAUCGUCAAGGUAAUCUCUGAAAUUCAAUUUUGAUGGUGGAUAUAAAAAUCACAGAUGUGACUUAGAAUAUGUGAGGGGUUUUUAAAUUGGAAUUGCUAUAGUAAGGUGGGUACAAAUAUAAAUAAUACUGUUAUAGAUGGUGAAAGGAAGCAAGUAUAAACACAGGCAAGUACUGCCACAUCUUAAGUGAAAUAAUUUAGAAAAGAAGUUGAAACUUUUCAAAGCUGUCACACAUGAUGAAGUUGGGUGAGAGCUGUAGAUGACUGUUUAAGGAGUUGCAACAUUCAGCCACAGGGUGUCACUGUGGCUCCAUGCUCAUCCUCUCCAAACCUGCAAAAAGGACCAGUCCACCGAGUCUCAAGGUCCCUGGCUCAGUUCAUUUUUAAACUCAUGUCAAAUAUUUAAUGAACACUUCCCAACAUGCAUUUGCAGGUUGUGUUUUGUUAUACAAAUUCUAAUAUCACAUUGAAAAUAGUCCAUAUUGAGGAAAAUCAGUCAGUGUCUAAAAAUAGAAACAGUCGAAUCAGCUAUAAGGAGCAUGUUGUCGACUGUUGCGCACUACCCUCAGUUUUGCUUUCAGGUGUUUUAAGACUGCAGUGUAUAAAUGUAAUGAACUGCAGUUAUGCGUCUUUUAAGGGUCUGUUCUGGAGGAUAAUCCAAAUAACGUAUGUGAAGAUUAUUGAGGAAGUCAGGUGCAGUGGAUGUAGCACUGGUGCCAUCUGUUUCUGGAGCACUUUUGAAGUCAGUUGCUGCCAGUUGCCAUAUUGGUAAUGCUGUCCUUACCAAUCAUUCUGUCACCCUUUACAGACGCAAGCGUCCUUGCAUAUGGUAACAGUGUGUCUUCCUGUCAUUCAGGUCAGCUGUGCUCCUGGUUCGCCGAUCUAGAAACCUGAGUAACUCUUACACCAGUGUAACAAGAAAAUUCACUCCCUGUACCAUCUGGGUGCCAUGGGAGCCACGAGUUAAUCAGAACAAAGCUGUUAUUUUUAAAUCCAGGCUAUAAACAUGUUUAUUUUUGCUCCAAAAAUGGGACUUUUGGCUCAGUGUGAACAUGGUUUCCGCUGCUUCUGCAUCCAGCCCCAAGCAGACACUUGGGGAACUGCAGUUUUCAACACUCCUGCAUCCGCUUCAUUUCUCAUGACUGGAGGUUUCUGCACGACACAUGUGGGCAGGUGAAAUUGUCCCUUUGCAGUUAUACAUCUUCAUUAAACCCUGCACUUCUAGAGUAUCUUCAAUAUUAGCCAUUUCAGUUUGAAAUUUGGCACACAUGUCGUCUCAUGGUUGAGAACCACAAGCCAUGUCCGUUUAGAUGUUUUCUGAAAUCUGAAAUUUUUGUCAAUCGUACCAGCAUCGGACGUUUCCUUUCCAAUGAAUCAAUGUGAGUGCUAUAGAGAGGCUGUCGGCAGUGACUGACUGUCUCAUUUUCCUCUCCAGGUGCUCUUUGUGAACAGACAACACAGUUUUUUUUCUUACAACUCGAAGAAGCACUAUAUCAGGGAUUCGAUAGUAAGAGACGUCUUGUUCCUGAGCACGCACCGCACAUUUAUUUGUAAUGAGAUAUUGCUGUUCUUCUGUCUCUUUGUGCCUGUAAUUUUUUGUGUUUAUCAUCUGGGACAUUUUGUUCAUCACAUUCAGGCUUUGAAUACUGGAAAUGUUCGCUGGAAUAACACGAUUAAGAAAAUAUCCAAAUGAUCGUGUCUUUCUCUGAACAAAUGAAACAGGUCCUGUACACGCAUUUCCUCUUUGUAUCUGAUACAUCAGCAGGCCGUGGUGUUAAAAGUCUGUUCUCAUGCUCAAACACACUCGGAUACACUGUAAGCAAUAAAAUAAAAUGAAUUGGGUGGAAUCUGGAAGAGCGCUCUAAUUGGCUGCAGGAUGUGACAGACCAUGUUAUUUACAGCUGAUGUAGUGAAAGUGCAGACGCAUAUAGUUUCAUCAGUCUUAUGCUCAGUUUACUUCUCACGCUGAAAAUAGGAUUUUUAUUUUACUUCAUGGUCACUCAGAUUCAUUUCAACGUAGAAAGAAUCUUUAAUACGAUCAUAUUUUUCCUUACAUCAUCCUGAUCUUAGGAAAUGUCGUAGCAGUUGCCGGUAAUUCCCCAUAAUUCCACAUCUCUUCCUCCCUCUCAUUGGUCUAAAUUUGGUCUUUGUAUUUCGCAGUCCCUCUGUUAAUCCAUAAGCUAUUCCAAACUUUUUAAUGGUGCCCUUUGAGAAUGCUGUGUCAGGUGUUUGAGUCGUGCUUGACUCUAUAUAUUGCCCCAUCAACAUGCAUCAUAAAGCAGAGAAGCAGCCAAUAAGAAUUAAUGAUGACAUACCCAGUUUGUUUGCCAAUUAGCAGGCCGUAACUUAUAUUGAAUCUUUAAAUGACUGGACCCGAGGGACGCCGUGGAGGUUAAAGGGGUCGUAUUCGACUAUGGUCUGCAAACCCGUUCAGCCAGGGACAGGUAAAAUAUCAGGAGCUGCGUUUCUGACCCUGAGACUCCAGACUGUAUAAUCUUGUCAGAAAUCUAUCAGAGAGGGGUUGUUUUAGAGUAAAUAUUCAGUUUGCUGCUCCGGUGCAUUUUAUCCACUCUAAUUUCACUCCUUGAUGGCUUACUCCACUUUCUUUUACGUGUGUAUUGGUUGCACUACUGAAAAUGAUCGGCCCAUUAAGAAGACAUUUAAGGGUCAUUAACUGUUUUUUUUUUUUUUUAAUGUUAGCAUUAAUUUGGUCUAAACCAAAAAGCUCUACGUAUCAUUCAAUUAGAGUGUUGUGUCUGGCCUACUAAUGAGGGUAAGUCCAAUAUUAAGCAUCAUAUCUUCACUUUAACGACUCCUGAGAGAGACAUUUUACUCUUUAGCUGUUUAAUGCUCCACUACUUGCUUCAGGCACUAUUUAGUGCUGGUUCGGAGCUGAAAAGUAGGUUUAUCACUGCCUGUUAGCCUGCUGUCUGUAAUACAAUGCUGAUGAUAAGUGUGAGUGUAAACCAAGCAGUGAUCUUGGCUUCAACAGUGUGCAGCUGAAAGGUGUUGAAAACCUCCCCGAACACAGAGAGACUCAAGAUUCGGUUGGUGUUUUUGUUGGUUCAUGACGGAGAGAGACAUCGAUCAUAUUAUGUAUGGUAAUUCUAGCAACUAUUUAUAGAACGCCAUUAAUCAGAGCUGCUAUAGGAGGAGUUUUACUUGAGUGUGUUUUUGGCUCUUAGCCAUUAUGCUGAGGUAUGAUGGGUGCUACCCGCCUUUUGUCUUAAGCUUUAGUUUUGAUCAAAUCAAGCUGGAAAAAACAAAAGAGCGGGAAGAGAAGCAAAACUAAUUUUCAAGACAGGAUUUUUGAUUGUUUUGGUCCUUUAGGGGGCUGUUUUAGCCACCCAGUAAUUCACAUUGCGUAUGUUCCAUUCAAACUUUAAUCUGCCUGAUCUAGGGCUGGGCGAUAUGGCCUGAAAUCAAUAUCACUAUAUAUUGAGCAGUUUACCUAACGAUAACGAUAAAUGGAUGAUAACUACUCCACAAGCUGCUCACCUGCUUCCACAUUAACUUUGUCGACUUCAGCCGUCGCUCCAGCCGCUACAACUUUUGAACCAUCCUCCAUUUCCUGGGAUGGAGUCAUGUCUCUGAUGUAGGACAGUGUCUUAAAGGGACAUGAGACUGUAGCCUAUCUACACACAUCCAAAACCAACUUUUAUUUAUUUAUGUGACACCGAAUAUAUUGGGCAAAAUGACGUCCGUUAUUGUGGUAAAUUUUCAGUUUAUCGCCCAGCCCUAGCCUGACCCAUAAAGGAUUGCUUUGAUUCAAAUUUGAGUCAUUUAUCACACAGAAUCAAGACAGGUUUCUGCUGCCUCACACUGCAUCAAAUAUUUGCUUUGUUGUAGCGGUUAAUAUGAUAAAAAUGAGCUGGACUAUGAAUCAUUCAUGGCUUUCUCCAGAGAAAAGUUGUCAAACUGAGUAAACAGGUUGAAAUAUCAGCAAAUAACUGUUCCUAGAAACUUAGGGAAGUUAUCUACUCACAUGUAAAAGUCCCCAAAGGACCUUUUAUUGGCAUUUCUCCAAUCCCAUAAAUCAGUUUCAGUGGUGGAUAGGUCAGUGUUAUUAAAAUAUCAGAUGAACCAGAAAUAUGUUGCCCGACAUUGUUUUUGUCAAACAAAUUACUCCCAAGAAGUCAUCGCCCUUUUAAAGAUUUGUAUCUUAUUUCUGCGUCUGUGUUUGAACCUUUUCAUUUCCUGUUCAGACGCCAGUGUCAGCUGAAUGCCAGUCUGCCUGUGUUUCUGACGUGUUGUAUUUGGGGAUGGUUGUUUCCAGUCAGUUAAUUUUAGUUUCAUGACAUUUGUAUAAAGGAGCGCUGGUGGUACAUGAGCUGAAAUAAGAUGAUCAGUCAGUGUUAGGUAACCUUUUCAAAGCUGGGGCAGACUCUAGUGAGACAAAUACCUCGAGGCAAUUACUAGUAGCUUGAAAAUGUUAAAGUCAUCAUUUAGGGAGAGUAUCUAGAAAUAGCUCACUGAUAAGCGGCCUUUCAAAGAACUGGAGAAAUCGCAAUAAAACACUGAUCUAUAUUACUGCCCUGUGUUUCAGAUGUAAGCUACAGAAGUUUGUUUGAGCACCUGAAUCUGUACCUGUGGUGAGGUUAUGUCAGCUGCUACACUAACAACCGCUCUCCUUUUUGGCUUCAGCAAAGUGCAUUUUAGUUUGUCACAACCACUGCUCAGUGGUUUCCAAACUGCACGACACAAGUUCCCGAGCUUUUGUGAUCCUAGCGGCUUUGAAGAUAAAGGCCUUUUUUGGGUUGCGUUGCCUUUGAAGGCAGAUGUUUUUAGGUCAUUACGCAUCAGAAGAUGGAUUUUUUCUGUUAUUAUGCAUUUGAUGAUUCUUUCAUUUGGUAUUUAAAUGCAAAGUCAGUCAUCAUUCGCUGAAAAAACACGUUUGAUAACAGUAAUUCAGUUUUCUUUUGCUGAAAAAUAAGACAGGACUGAAUCCAGUGCCCGGCUUUAAAACGUCUAUAACAGAUUUAUGUGACUGCCGUCAGACGGUCUUUGUCGUUUUUUUCAAAAUGUUUUUAAACGUCACAUCAUCAGUCGCCUCCAUUUUUUCAGCCAUGAAAAAAAAAAAAAGAACUCAGAGCUGAAUUCACAACAACAAGCUGUUGAUAUAAAAGUAUUUGUGAUAGAUGGAGCACAACACAGGAAUUCUGUUACCUGUCUUGUGCCUCAAAACAAACUCCUUCAUGAACACACAUCCACACACCCACACACAUCAAAGGCCAAAACCCAUGUGCGCACACACACAUAUGCGCUGACAGUGUACACACAUACCCGCUCAUAAACACGCACAUAUUUCUGCUGCAGCCUGCAUCACCCAAGGCAGGAGCAGUGAGUUUCAUUUUGUGUUUCCAGCAGCGGUUUUCCCAUUAGAUCUGAUGUAAUGUCCAGUCUAUAAUGGACCUGAAGAAAGGCUGCAUUAAGAGACACUGGUUUAUGUUCAGAGGCUGAACAGGGUCAAAGUCUUCUCCCUCUGUGAUACUGAACUUUGUCUUUUCUUUCUAUCCUGCUCUUGCUGCAUCUUUUCCUGUUUCUGUGUCACUCUCUGAUGUAAUUUACACGUCUACGUUUAUUCUACAGAUUUUCAUCGGAGAGGUGUCCAUGUAUGUGAUGAAAUCCACAAGGGAAGCUCUCCUGGUCCAGGAGAAAACCAUCGUGACAGGAGACUGUUGUUACCUCAACCCCCUUAUCCGUCGCAUUAUCCGAUUCAUAGGUAAGAAGGUUUUUUUUUUUCAGGUUUGAUGUUCAGAGCUGCUCUCAGCUCCCUUGUGACUGUAUGACAAGUCAGAGACAGACUUUGUCAUGAACUAAAACUCAGGUGUGUUUUUUUUUUCUACAAACAGGGGGUGUAAGAUUGUGACUUCAAUGAUCAUUGAUGGUGAAUGUAUUUUUAUGGGGUACUCACAAUUUGAAAAAUAGGACUAAUUGAAUCUUUUUUUUUGGUAAAACUGUUUAUCCUUAAAUGAAUAUUGAACGUCUUUGGCAGAAUCUUUUGAACAGUGUAGGGCUGUAAUCAACCAAAGAAGUUCCUGAUUGACUAGAACCAUGACAAUUUUGUCCAAAAAUCGACUAAUCGGGGGGGUUCCGACUCCGAUGGUGAACCCUUCUGCAGUGGAGGACGACGUGGCUCGGUGUAGCGUGGCUUGGCAGGGUAAAAAUAUACUGAUAUCAGCACAAGAAGGCAAUUAAACACAAAAGGCAAGUUUAAACGCUCAAAAUAAAAAUAAAUACUCAGCAAACUACGAGACGUUGAUCGACGUGGAUGCUCUUCAAUUUUCCUGUCUUCAGCCAGUCUCUAGUAGGAUGGGGGAAUCCAAAAUGGUGAAAACAAGGGGGGUGUUCUGAGACCUGUGAAACAGGGUUGCUCUGAAAACACCCCCAUUAGCACUUGGUACGUUCCUCUUGAUGAAAUUAACCAUAGACCGUUAAUUGACCCGGAAAAAAUCGAGUCGAUCAAUCAGAGUUUUGGUCGACUCAGCAUGUAUCGACCAAUAAGUCGACCAGUCGACUCGGACUUUACAGCCCUAGAAGUGAUUGCUUUUUCCCUCCCCCCCAUAUUUAACUGUGAUGGUUUGCAGUAAAUAUCUGACAGCGAAGCACUAUAUGCCUUUGGUGGACACUCAAUCACCAUUGCUCUUUUCUUUGAGUACACUGUCUAUCAUUGAUUGACAGUGUUAAUGUUAUGUAUCAAAAAUGAGCUGCAUUAGCCUCGCUUGAAACCCUCGACUGACAGGAUAUGAGCUUUUUUUUCUUUUUCUACGGCAGCAAAGAGACAAAGAGUUCUGGGCUUGAAUCACAAGAUGAUAUUAGUCAUCUAAUACCCACGCACUAUUCAAGGCCUCGUUGUUCUUUUGGUCCUCAGUGGAUAACGUAAAGACCAUGAAGUCUUACUGCUUUCAUGAUGUAUCGAUUCACAAUAGCUGCACGUGCCUGAAAACCUGAUAUGAUGUGAUCCACUUCAUAGAAAGAGAAAGUCGCUAACAUGCCUUGUAGCUAAUCAUGUUUCACAAAGCAGUUAGUUAUUUCCUUGAUGAUUAAAUAACAGCUCUUUAAAAACUAUUUCUCUGCGUGGAGUUAUUUCAGUGGUUUACCUGUGUGGUGUGUUGAUGUCCUUAAAACCAGGAAGCAGCUGUCCUUUGUGUACUGUCUACGCUGACAGCUGAAUAAAUGUGCUGUCAGUCACCUGUGAGGGGGAAACUCCAAAAAGUCACCUAUUCAGACUGCUGCCCUGAUGAUUCAGAUGAUUCGGUGUCACGUAAAAAUGACUUUCCAUACACUUGUGUGUCGCAUAAAGGGCGAAAGAGGGUGGCUCCCGUACUGUUUGCUCCAUUAGCUGUGAAUAACAUGAUAUACGACGGCUUUUGUGUCGGAGACAGCUCGCUGCACGGAGAAAGAUGAGCUUCAAAAAUGAAGUUGCAGAGGUUGAUCGAGCCGGGUCAGCAGCAGCAGUGACAUGCAACCAAACUUGUAAAAUAUGAGACUGUCCAGAUUGGCAGAUUUUGAUCCGCUGAUAGUGCUGCAUUUAUGUAUUCUGAUGUUUCAUGCACUGACUUAAAAUAGAAAAUGCGAUAAUGAUAAUAACUCGUAUAUUUUUACACUUAAAGUGAGUCAGCUGGGUCUGGUUUUGUGAUGUUCUACGUGUUAUAUUGACCCGUUUGGAUCCUGGACAGUGUCUACUUUGUUUAUGAGGUAUGCAAAAGGUAACUAGCUCACUGAGGCAUUUCAGUAUAAAUACAGCAAACCCCCCUGACUGAAUGGAUUUCAGUAAUUCUUCAGUGAAGGGAGCCAAUUGGGAUCAAGUCCAGCUGUGAUGCCUUCACUGCAGCGCCUCUAAAACUGCAUCAUCCACUGAAACAAAUCCUAAUCAGACAUGCUGUAUCCAAUAUAGGCUUAUAUAAAAUAGUUUCAUUUUUACAAAAGGGCUGUUUACACCAGCAUAAGGUGUGUAAACCCGUACACUCGCGUCAUUUAACUAAAAUAGCUUUGUAAAAGAGCUCCAACCUCUAAAUUCACGUUUUAACAGCCACUUUUCCAAAAUGCUUGAGCGGAUCUGGGCAGCCUGACAGACUCUAACUCUCCGUUCGUAUAAAGCGGGGUCGUCCGUCGGACCUUUCUGGCAUAAUGAGAACUGCAUUGUUCCUUUUUAAAUAAUACCCCUUCAAUUUAUGAAAUACUCAUCAGAUAUUCAUUGGGUAAUUCGGAUGAUUUAUAUUGCAGUCUGCUCCCAAACAGUCUCUCAAAUUCGUAGGAUCAUUGAGGCUUUUAAGUUUCCACUCUCUUGCUCAUCUUCCUACCUAAUUCCUCCCCUUCUUUUGCCCCUCAAUGCCCUUCACACAGUCGUGUCCCUGCACCCCUCACAGGCACCCGGAGCCCUCCUGUUCCCCCCUCUUAUCCUCUGCAGCCCCCCCUGGAUGAGAAUACCAAGCAGAGUAAUUUCAUGGCUAAGCAGGCCAGAUAAUCAGCAGUCAUAUUUCACAGCAAAAGGAAUGCAGAUGCAGACACUGGUCAGAGUUGGUGGGCGGAAAGUGUCAGUGCAAUCGUUCGUAUGAGAGGCUAUUUGUUCAGUAUUCUUCUAUUAAUGUCUGCCUGUUGUCCACUGUUCUAUUGCUCUGUUUAAAUCUAUUUGAUUCAGUGUUCCUGCUCACUCCUCUCAAUGCUCCUGAUAGAGUAAUUCAAGAGACAAGAAGAUCUACUUUUGUACUUUUGUUCAGGAUUAAAGCAGGGGCUGAAUGGUGCACAGGUGCAGCUGCAGUGUUAUUCAAAUCAUUACAUCUGAACAAUUUAUAUUCAAGGUUAAGUGUUUGAUUGUUCAAGAAAUUAUCCACAGAAGAUAUGUCACUGUUAUUCUGUGCAUAAGCAGACAAAUUUAACCCCUUUUAUACCCUCUUGUUUAAACCAAUAUCAUCAUAAUGCAAUACAGAAGUAGGGGAGACCGGGGCUUGUUGUCACAUGGGUAAAUUGUCACAUUGCAUAUCUUUGCCACCAGAGGGCGCAACUAAAAAGUGGAAUACUAGUUUUAUUCCUUUACAUAGUCAGGGGUCGUGUCCUGUCUGAGAAGAGAAGAGCACAAUAUGAGCUGGGAUGAGCGCCAAUUAACCAUUUCACACAACUCAAAGUACAUUUUUUUAACUUUAUAUAUUUUAAAAUAAGCUUCUUCCAGAUAAAAAUCCUUGCAGUGAUACAUGUGGACUUGUUAGAAGAGAGAUUAAGGCAUCCUGUCAUAGCUCAGUCAUUUUUCUGUUUUAAGAUAACUUUAAGAUGGAGCUAGAAUUAGCAAACAUGGUAGUUUGGGGCAACAUGUGUCAGUCAUUUUGGGGUUAGUUGUCACAUGUUUAAAAGGGAUUAAAAUUAACACAGAGAGUCUGCUUAUCAGCAGUUGUCAUAAUGAAGUUUUUACUUUUUUUUUACAGAGAAAAGAGCGGUUUAAAGGAGAGGAGAAAGCAAGAAGACAGUCAGGAAUUUCAAAAGAAAAGCAGAUGCAUAAUAUUUUAUAUUAACGUUUGUUCAAUGACUUUUUUUUUAGUUCAAUGAUAAACAUUUUCUGUGCCUGACUUUGAUGUUCACUUUCAUGUAAAAAAAUGAGAACAACAAUAAUUUUCUCCUUGUUUUAUUAGCUGUAAAAUCCACUGUGACAUCUUACCCCAUGUAGUGAGAAAAAUUACCCGAUGGUGGGGCAACAUGUCACAUGUUCACACUCUCUUGUUGAUUGCUUAUAACUCUGCACUGAUGCAAGAUAUGAAAAUUACAUAAAUACGAAAUAUAUUCCUGAGACUUUGGUUUUUCUGUUUUUUUCUGGUUUUUACACAUUUUGUUUAUAUUUGAUGUAUUGAUUUCAAGAAAUAUAUUAGAGUAUAAGCCCCGGUCUCCCCUAUCCAGUAUGUUUUUAAAGAUUUUUUGUCCACUUUUCUUCACUGUGAGUGUGCGGUUUAUUUGGUGCCAUAAAGUCUCAUUGUGUGUCUGUUUAUCUGUGUGCCCCAGGUGUGUUUGCCUUUGGUCUGUUUGCCACAGACAUCUUUGUCAACGCGGGCCAGGUGGUGACAGGAGGUCUGUCGCCUUACUUCCUGUCUGUUUGUAAGCCCAACUACACAGGCACAGAGUGUCGGUUUAAUCACCAGUUUAUCGUCAACGGCAACAUCUGCACCGGGCCCUCUGCUGUCGUGGAGAAUGCCCGCCGCUCCUUUCCCUCGAAGGACGCUUCGCUGAGUGUUUACUCUGCCGUGUACCUGACGGUAAGCAGAAUGAACAUGAGCACCAGGCAACAAAGCGAGUUAGUGGUUCACAGAAAGAGAUAUUCAAACAACGGGGGAAAACAUCAGCAAAUAACAAUUUAAAGUGAAUUUUUAAAGAGAUGCGUUUGGUUCUCUCUUGGUUUGAGUGUUGUUUCACCGGUUGGCUUUUAAUCACUGGAUUUGUUUAUUUCCUGGGAAAAUAAACCUGAGCCUCUAAACUUUUAAAGAGUUUUUAAAGAUUUGUAAAACUAGCUUUGAAAAUUGUUUUGAAACAGCUAAUUAUACAAAGGAAUUAACACACUUAGACACACUUUUUAACGAACAUAAGAUAACGUAAGGACAACGGUCCCUGUAGCGGUCACGGCCCCGACCAUGUGCUGCAUGUCCUAUCCCCUCUCUCUCUAUCUCCCCACAUUUCACCCAAUCCUAUCAAUAAAUGGCAAAAAUCACACAAAAAGUACUCAAAAAAAAAAGAAAAUGUUUGAAAAAAUUAAGGGGUUUAGUAUUUGAUGGGACCAAUAUUCACGGCAGUAGGCAAAACUUGCAACACAGAGACCUCGUCUGAUCAGAGGAACAGUUGAAGAGUCUUAUGUUGUUGUCACACCAAAAGUAAAUCAAAUAAUUAUAUUGCUCAUUUCACACGUAUCUGGAUGCCUUAAUGUUGUGUACUCGCUUAAUUUACGCAUAUGACGCGUGUGAUUUUAAGAGAGGAGGAUUUCCUACAUCUCGUGUCUGUUUACAUCCAAGAUACUUAACCACGUUGUGAAGAUCUGUUUUGUUGGUUAAAAUAACUGACCAGACAAUCCAAUCCCUCCUCACUCUCUGUCCUCCAGCAGAGCUCUUUAGAGUUAAGCUGGAGUUUUAUCAUCGAACUCAGGUAGCCACGUUCCAUCACGAUCAGUUCAUCCUCCAUUUUUCACAUAAAUAUGUCUCUGCCAUGCUGAUUGGCUAUCCCAGCACAAACAUUUGCUUGAGUUCAGAUUUUUUAACCCUUGUGAAUAAUUCUUUAAAGCAAAUGAGGCACGUAGUGACAGCCCUACUUUUAAUAUAAAUUUUUUUGCAUCAAAUAAAUCUUGGUUUUGACCUUCUGUAAAUGUAAACAUCAACAGUAGGUUCAGUGUAAAUUAAUAAAAAAUAAUCUGCUAUAUCAGCUACGAUAAGCGUUUCAUUAAGACUACGUUUGCUCAGUAAUUUAAAAACUAAUGAUAUUUAAGUUACACUCUUGAAUUGAACUUAAUAAAAGUAAUAUUUUGUGUAAACAUGUUUUUUUAAAUUAGAAAAAAAUUGGAAACAAUCCAGAAGCAGAUGAAAAUGUUAUUGACCCAGACAGCCGUGCAUGAGAACUGAGAGGGAAUAUUUGCUGUGGAAAUGUGCUACCUCACACCUCUGAAUCUUACGGGGGCGUUAGCAAAGAAGGACUACCUUCAUAUGUCUUGAAAGCUUGUCAAGAAAUGUUUGAUACAAACAUACUGCAGGUUCAGGGCUUUUAUAGAAAUUGGCUGGAGGAACACGUAAGGAACAGCUUUUUGAAGGGCUGUUAAAUGAUAUCAGAGUGACGGAGGCACUCAGCAGCUGAAGAGUGAAAGAGAGAGAGAGCAGGAGUGUCGAUUUUAUCGGCAGCAGUGAGAGAAAUACAAGGACGCAUUGUUGAUAUGAAGAUGGUUCGAGAAGCAUUUCAAACGCCUCUGUUGGCAUUGCAGGAGAUAAACGCUCAACAAGUGUGACUAUGUGCAGGAAUACUAAGUACUAAGUUACUUAAUGCUUACAGUCCGCUCACAUCUUUCAGUCACAGUAAGAGGUUGUCUUAUCAAGUAUAUCUUGUCAUCUUUCAGGAACAUGUCCAAGUUCUCUGGCCUCAUGUUAAACCCCCGAGAGAAGAUAACUUAUUUUUGUGGUCUUUGCCUUCCUGUCCAGAUGUACAUCACCAGCACCAUCAAGACCAAGUCCAGCCGCCUGGCCAAGCCUGUACUCUGUCUGGGCACACUCUGUUCAGCCUUCCUCACAGGGCUCAACCGAGUCUCAGAGUACCGAAACCACUGUUCAGACGUAGUGGCUGGGUUUAUACUGGGAUCAGCUGUUGCUCUGUUUCUGGUGAGUAUGAUGUAAAAGUGAGAGUUGGGUUGGUGUUGUUCUCCAAGGAAAGGAGUAAAGGGAAGAUUGUUGGUUGAAUUCUGGUCCUAAAUUUCUUUCAUGUUAUUUAAAUCAUUUUUUGUGUCCAACACAAACCAUUAUUUUUUGUCAUAAAUCCAACCUGAUGAAGUUCUAUUGGGACUGAAACAUUAGCCAUGUUUGCAUGUGCAAAAUUUCUUGAUACGAUAAAAAUUUGAGGGAUCAAAUAAUCUAAAUCCACCAGUUAUAUGGGCGCAAAAUCAAAUAAUCCCAUCGUGAUGUGCGUAUAAAUGCACCAAGUUUUAGUCAGAUUAGAAGCACUUGGACAUGUGCAGAGUUGUCUGAUUUGACUAAAACAACCGCAGAAGAAGAGGAGUUGUAUUUACGCCUGUGCUGUCAACAAAGCAACAAAUGUGGUAGUGGCUCACUCCAUCCAAUGUAGAAGUUUCCCCCCAGUUAAAUGUUGUCUCUAGAUGGUGCCCUUAUGUACUUGUUUUAGCGUUCUGUCAAAGGUUGCACUGUGCAUGUAGAUGUGACAUCAUUACACUGUAUUUACACCUUGAGUGUUAACAAUGAAACCUGCAGAACUGGCCUCAAUAAAUAAGUCAAAGGCUAAAGAGUCACAAUCAGAAUAAGUGUUUACAUGGACGCGUUUCGGAAUAAUGAUCGGCAUAAACCACCCCACUCGAUCGGAAUACAGUUUCUAUCUGAUUGAGCAGAAUUGGAUCAGAAUCUUCCGAUCGGCAUGUUUACAGGACGCUUUCUCAUUCCAAUCUGGCAUUUAUUCUGAUUAUUUGUGCCCAUGAAAGCGCAGCUAAUGUGCGAUUAAAGCUACCAGAAAAAGAGGCUGUGUGGGAGUUUCACAGCAUAUCUGAUAAACACUGAAAUUGUUCUUUGAUUCCAUCAAUUAUUGUAGGUUUCACACUUGUUUGUAUCAAUUCAGACGUGUAAUUGAGUCAUGAAACAUAAGUUUAGUAGGGAAGUAAAAGGAACAGUUCAUGAAGAGGUGAUGGAGAAAUGUGAAACAGGAUGAGGCAUGGUUUAGUCUGAGCUCCAAGGUGGUUCAGAGACAGCGUGUUUGGGUAGAGGGGAAAAGUAAAGGAUGCACUGGUUGGGGGAAAGGGGAGAGGAGAAGAAAGGAGAGGAAAUACUGAGGUGGCACCUGGAUUUCUACUGAGAUCAGCACUGCCUCUGGUUUUGAAAGAGCGAGGAGAGGAAGGGUAGUGAGAGGCAGAAGGAGCAAAAACCGGAGUCCUUUAGAGGAGUUAAGAAUUUCUUGUGUCUUUUGUUGUGUCUUGUGAAAACAAAUGAGUCAACAGAGUCUGUAUUUUGCAGUCUGCGCUGGAGUUCCUCAGCAGGACAUGUUCCCGUCCUGCUGUUUUCAAUAUGGUGUCAGCUUUCCUGUGAAAUGUUGCCGAACUGCCUUUGCCCUCUGGUAAAUUUAAAUGGUUUUGUCAAUAUUGUAGUUUUUCUCUGCGUGUUAAAGGCUGUGUGGUGAUUACAGAUGUAAUCCUCAACUUUUGUUUGUUUUUUUUUCUUUGGAAGGGGGUCAAGGAGAAAUGGAGGUAAGGGUGUACCCCUGUGAAAUAAAGAAGAAGUGAGAGGAAGUGGUUUGCUGUCUCAGAGGUUUCAUUACAUAUACUUGCCUCUGGUCGUUGGGCUUCAAAGUAGAAAACAGUGAGGGAAAUGAGAAAAAAGGGAGACAUGAAUGGCAGACUGCUGGAAAAUAUUGAGUUUUUUACGUUUUUAUUUGGUGGCUUUUUCCUUCAAACAGGGAGGAAAAAUACAAACUACUUCUCACAGAGAGACGUCACACGUCUUUUACUGCUCUGAACAGAAAACAUCAGGAAUUCACACUCAGUGUGUUUGGUUAUUUUAGAAGAUGAAGAUUGUCUGUAAAUUCAAUGAAUCUUAACUUUAAAUUCAUUCAAUAUUAAACAUGUUUACUAGCAUUAAACUGGUCAAGCAUAAAGUCUUAUCUGUCAGUGGCUCUAUCAAUAAGGCAAAGAAACCCCCAGAGCAAGAGGGAUUCAUCUGACCAUGAAUGACUGUACUAUUGCUGCGUUCCAGUUGCCUCGGAAGUUGGAUGUCGGAGCUGGGAAUGACGUUACACCUCAGUUGGCAGCGUCCCAGUAAACAACUCGGACAACCAAGAUGGCCUACAGUUAGCCAUUGUUAACAAUUGUCAGCUGUCGUUAGCCAUUGCUAGUUGUUGUAAGCCGUUGUCAGCUAUUGCUAGUUGUUGUUAGCUAUACCAGUUGUAAACAACGCAUAACACUUUACUCUUACAAACACCAUAGCACCGUGUUCACAGUUAGACGUUGGGCAGUACAACAUAUACCACUUAUUUAUUUAAUUCACUGUGACUCUUUACUGUUGAUGCACUGUGCUGCCAUCUUGGAUUAUGACGUUGUCGUCAAGUCGGGUUGUUGAGGAUCGUCCAACUUUCCAAGUCAGAAAUUUGACUUCAAGAGGGCGUUCCAGAUUAAUUCUGACUCGGAGUGUAGAAAUUCCAACUUCUGAGUACAACUGGAACGCAGCAUAAUUUUUGAACCAUCUCUUUAAAGACACUGUGACGUCAAUCAAAGUGUUGUGCAGUGGGGCUGAGAAACCAUGGAAAUUCAUGGUAAAAGAUCAGAGGAGAAAAAUACGAAAGUUCAAUAUUUUUGUUGGGAAAUCAGCAGUUUUAUUGGCGAAAGCAUUAGUUGUUGAAUUUUAAAUCUUGAAUAUUCUGUUUGUAUUUUUGGACUGGGUAACUAAAAGCAGGUUGGGUGCAGUUUGGUCCACAUGUAGAGACUUGUCCUUUGAACUUGAUAUGUUCCAGCACCCUGUUUUUAAAUGGAGCAUUUGAGCUUUCAAUGAUUGACCCAUGAAAAGUGUCAGACAUUGAGGCAUUGGUCCCCAGAGAGAGAUGAACACAAGGAAGUCAGCAUCUUUGAACCUCCUCAUUUCCACCUUAUUACCAGCAAACCAUGAAGUGAGGGUUACUUCACAUCUGUCUAAUGGUCCUGAUGAGGCUUAUCAGGGUCUUGUCACCUAAAAAACUGAGCUAAUUUGAUGGACUGCCAUCCAGAGAGAAAUUAAUUGGCACAAAGAGAGUAGAAAGUAGGCAUAGCUCAAAUCCCUGUGCUAUCAGUGCUCACAGAGAGAGGAUCUGAAUGGGCUCAUCAAACAGUGACUGCCUUUGGUCUGAGAAGAGGUUUGUCCUCUGUCAGUAGAUGGAGGAGGGAUCAGUGUUAAGCACUCUGUUGGAAUGAUGUUCAAGAGACAGAAGUGUCUACUUGAUCCAGGACAAAAUAGAGGGACAUGCUGACCAUCAAGCAAAGCCCUUUGAAUACCAAAAUGGCUUUCCAUCUAAACCUCUAAUUCUAGGCUUUUCAGACUGGUAAAACCACCGUACAAAGGAAGUGUCUGACGGAUAGUUAAUGGUACCACAAAAAAUAAAUAAAUAGAUAAAAAAAUCCAAAUCCUGUUGUUUUCUUCCCGCCCUUUAUUAAUGCAACCAUAAGAAAACAAAGCCUGUCUUGGCAUAGAUGAUAAGAUACCAUGAUGGAAAGAAAACAGUAUUCCAUUGUCUUUGGGGAUACACCUCAGCUGAAUGAAAUCAGGGAGGCCGAAACCAAACUGAAAUGGAUUUGAAACAAGCGGAUGGUUGUAGCUUUGAUUGCUUUGGAAAUAUUCCAUCAAAGGCUGGAUACGGACACAUGUUUGGGGAGAUACAGAUAAGGCUGUCACCACAGAGUUAAGCUCUAGGCAUGCACUUAAUCCCACCUCAACUUCAUCAACCCCAAGUUGAGAUUCAUCCUCACUUUUCUUUUGAAGAAUUCAUAUGUUUUUGUGCAGCUGCGACGCUUGAGUCUGCUACUUAGAUUGUGGUCCAACAGCUCUGAAUCAUUCAUUUGCUUGGCCUGGGACUAUUAGAGACGAACUCCCCAUGAACUGCCACAAACAAGGAAACCUUGAGAAUUUCUCCUGCGGUGAAUUGCCAGCUACAUUUUCUCCUUUGCCACCGCCUGAAGGCACAGUUGGCCUGGGGGUGAGAGUCUCCCUCGGCUGCCGUCUUUGAUUAACUAGUCCACAGAGGAGUACGGAAAUAGGGGAACCUUGGUGCGGCUUGUACUGUUAAAAGAUCCUGACAGAUGGACAGAAAAAAGAAUCCCUAAGUCAAAUUAAUUUAUAAGGAUUUAUAUAAAUGAAGAGCCAAGGCCUUAAAUCACAGUGCCUGCUGGGCCUUGUGCCACAAUAACAGGCACCGUUUACUGCAUUGAAUGAUAGUGACGUGUUGUAGACUAACACACUGCUCCAUUAAGCUUUUGCACCAACAUAAACUUUCUAUAACAGCAACAUAUAAUGAAAAUGAAUGGCUGCAUUUUCCCCAAAAGUUUCAUAGGUACCCUUAUUUCCCUGUCAGUUUAAAGUAAACCUUAUAUCACAGCAGAUGGAAAGCAGACAUACACCAACAUACUCCCUAUCAAUAGUAUGUUGUCAUGACAAAUUGAAGUGUAUAUGGCCAGUAGCUAUCGAUCAGCUUUGAUUUGUCUAAUAAACAGAGAUGGGGUUUGCUAAGAGGGGACUAAUAGCACUAAAAAGUGUGCUGCCGGAUUCACCAAGGAAACUGUGCAACUAAUAUUCAAGAGUUGGAUUUUCUUGUUUUUGUUUUGUUGUUGUUGUUGUUUUCCAGCCUCUUCACCGAAGACCAUGGGUGUCACAGCAAACAAAGAAAAUCUGACUAAUCAAGGAAACAAGUUGCACUUUCAAAAUGAAUAUGAGUGCACUGUCAUUGUUGAUUUGUUGACUGUUUUAGAAAGAUGCCAGCUUAUGUAUUCUUACAUGGAUAGCGGCACAAUUAAAUUCUCAAGUGUUUCAAUGUUAAGAGCCAUAUGUAAUUUUUGUGUUGUAGACUUCAAAACCAAUGUGAAGGAGUAUUUUUACAGUUUCCGAAUCGUACUAAUAUUUACAGUGAUGCUCUUUAUUACCUUAAAAAAGAAAGAAAUGACACUUCAGGCAACAACACCUUCUGUUUCAGUAUUGUUUAACGUUCAUAACUACUGUGAGUAAGUGGCUGUCAGCCUUUUUUUUCACUUAAUGUACUACAACUAACCUUCCUCCUCAUCUGACUUUGCUCCAUAUCUGUGCAUAUUGUUUUUAACUACCAUCUUAAAGUCAUACUGUCUUCAUACUUCACAGGGUAUAUGUGUUGUGAACAACUUCAAAGGCGUCCAUAGUGCGGCAGUCAAACAGAAAACUGAAGACUACCGCGGUCUGCCUCUGAUGACUUUCCCCCGUGUAGAGAGCCCUCUUGAGACCCUCAGUGCACAGGUACCUGAAAACACUUAACCUGGCAUUCCAAAAACUUAAUCUUCAUGAUGCACAUUAUCUCCCUCCAUUAAUUGGAAGAGGUCCCCCAAGACUGUGAGCUGAAAAUAAAAGUCCCCUUUCAGACUCCUCUGCUCAUGGACUUCAGUGUACUGUAAUUUGGUUUCCUUUGUAAGUCGCUGUAACUGUAAUUCAAUUUGCAAGAUCAUAAAUUUUCCACAAAGGAUCUGGCAUUAAUCAACUAAGGCAUGUCUUGAGUAUGAAUUACAAACUGUAUUUUGUCUUUCUAUCUUUCUUUCUCUCUCUCUUUCUUUCUUUCUUUCUUGCUUUCUUUGCCUUGCCUGUCUCUCUGCUGCUCUUAUUUCUCGUCUUUUUUCCCCAAAGGCUUGACAUAUACAGAGAAAAACAUACAGGCAUGACAUUUGGCACUACACUUAUGUCCACCUUUGUAAACGCACAAAAAACCCCACAAAACACGGAGCACUCCUGAAACUCUUUGACAAUGAUUUUCCCAUUUUCCCCCCUUUCAUUUCUUUAUCUUCCUUUCCCCUUUUCAUGUCUCCUUUCCUUUUGUAUUCCUCCUUACCUCCCUCUGUUUUUGAUCUGGUUUUUCCAUCCCUCCUUCCACAUCCAUUUUCAGAACCACUCGGCAUCGAUGACGGAGGUCACAUGACUAAGGGGGCAGCACCGGGUCACGUUUGCGUCUCCACAGCACUUCCAGACACAAUGACAAGGACGCAUGCCACGUGGCUCCGAAUGCUCGACAAAAAACACUCCUGAUAUAUCCGUUUAAUUCACUGGAGGGACAAAAUACACCAUGUUUCUGGUGGUUCUCAUUUAGUUGGGCUAUGCUCAAUUCAACCUGCCAAGGCACACAGAUUGCAUCAGUGGCAAAAUAACCCAAGGCACACUUAAGCACAGAUUGUUUUUGCAGAUAUUUUGAACCAUUUAGAGCAUGAGGCAUUUUUUCCCUCCAAGGUGUGCUGUUUGUAGUUAGAGGAUGCUGUUUUGUACAUUUUGUAUGAGCGAGUGCUGUAGCCUAUCCUGAUGGUGUUAACCUGCACACUUCCAGUCAGCUGACUCACUCUGUUUCCCAUCACAUCCUGUAAGGUGACUUGCCUCUUCGAUCACCACAUCUAUCCCCCUCGGUCUGAAAAAUCUGCUAUUGAAAAACAUAUUGAUGUUGUUGUUCUGUGAUGUUUGUCAUUUGUACAGAAAAAAGACAGAAUCCUUCUUUUUAUUAUCUCUCUCUGUACAUUGAUUGACCAUGUCAGGUCAUAUUUUGUAAAGAUUUUUGUCAAUCUGUAAGACUAUAAUGAUCCAUUUGGACCUGUUUGCCUGCUGUAAACCUGGAUAUGUUUUGGUAUCAGUUUAGGUGUUUGCGGAACGACCCCUCUCCCCUUUGGAGGAAGUGACAAGGAAGAGUCAGUGACAUCCUCCAAGUCAGAAAAUGGGGUUUGGCACUUACAGUGCCCUGUUAUCAGCCAGAAUGAAAAUGAAAUACGACUGGUUGGAAUCGUCGUAUGAUAUGAGUGUGUAUCACCCCUAUUUCCUGGUUCUCUGUGAUGUUAAUAGGAAUUUUUCUACAAAGUGGUCUAGUGAGACUUGCCUGUGUCAGAUGUACCCUAAAGACUUCACUGGGAUGGCUUUACAGUUUAAUUUAAACUGCAAUCCCAAUGAAAAUAAAUCCUUACAAAAAACGUGAAAAAGAAAAAAAAAAAAAGAAAUGCUCUUUGGAGUGGGACUGAGUGACUUAGCUGAGGUCUGGAUAGCCCCUCUAAUGGAAUCCAGGCUACAGCUUCUGUGUCACUAUUCCUCUUUGAGGCACCCCUCCCCGUCCCUGACCCACCAGUGGAUAGUGAUGCAAUGUUGUGAAUCCAUUUCCCAUCGGAAGAUACGCCCAGCAUGACAAGAGAAGUCAAGAUGUUUUAUAGAUAUUCAUGAUUUGAAUUAUACUCAUUAUCAUCGUGAUUAUAAAUGUCUUUUACUUUGAGAACAAAAAAGGCAUUUCAUUUAAAGUGCUACAUAUAUUUUUUUUUUCUUGGUUUGUUCACAAAUUAAAUAGUAAGUAGCAA